AUGGAUGUAUGUGUUGGGCAGUAUGUGCGCAUGGAUGUAUGUGUUGGGCAGUAUGUACGUAUGGAUGUAUGUGUUGGGCAGUAUGUACGUAUGGAUGUAUGUGUUGGGCAGUACGUGCGCAUGGAUGUAUGUGUUGGGCAGUAUGUGCGCAUGGAUGUAUGAGUUGGGCAGUAUGUACGUAUGGAUGUAUGUGUUGGGCAGUAUGUACGUAUGGAUGAAUGUAUUAGGCAGUGUGUGUAUAAUGGCCAGUGAGUGUGUAUGGUUGAAUGUAUAUAUUAGGCAGCGUGCAUGUAUGGUUGUAUGUAUUGGCAGUCUGUGUGUGUAUGGAUGGAUGUAUUGGCAGGGUGUGUGUGUAUGGAUGUAUGGAUGUAUUGGCAGGGUGUGUGUAUGGAUGUAUGUAUGUAUUGGCAGUGUGUGUGUUCAUAUUGGACAGUUUCUUUUUCCCCCCCUAAAUGUCUGCUCACUGUGUCUCUCCUAAAAUGUCUCCUAGUCUGUAUCGGUUUCCUAAAAACCUCAACAAUCUCUCUAUCACUUUCCUAAUUGCCUUCCCGGUCUGUUCCAUUUCCCUAAAUUUAUCACUGGUCUCUCUGCUUUCCCUUAGACACUUAGGUGUCUAUUCACUAAACAGUGAUUUGAAAAAGUUGAGAUGACUUUAUACAACACUUCUGUUUUGGCCUAAAUAUUUCAAGUUAUAUUUCAACUCACUGUUUAAUGAAUAGACAGGGAAAAGAAAAGAAGAGAAAUUGACAGAAGAUAAUUACCGGAUUUUUCACUAAAGUGAGAAUUGUAAGUGUAAGGGCAGAAUAGCCAAAUCUGGAGAAUGUUAACGGGUGUUUUGACCAUAAAUUAGAAGUUCACUUUGAAUUCCCAACAAUUCUCACUUCAUUGAAUAACCCUAUUGGAAUAAAGAGAAACAGGCUGGAGAGAAUCAGUUGCAUAGAGUGAGCAGAUAAAUCGUGAACAUAGAGACUGCAAGCUUUUGGAAAACGAAACAAAGGAGAAAGCUGUGGAUAAACGCUUAUGAGAGAGUUUGGGCACUACGGAGGAAAGGGACAGCUGAUCAGACCUAAUUAAAAACCAAAUGGCAAAAUUUAUACCAUUUAGAAGAAUUCGCCAACUCCGCUACAGUCACAGUUCAGCUGUUUUUGCUUAAACUAUGCAAUUCGAUUUCCAAUUCACUGAAUUCAUAGUUUAGUGAAUAAACUUCUGAGAGAGUGUAGUUGCAUUCAAGAGGGGGCGGCAAGAAUCCUUGCACCAGCCCUGCUUAAAACCCAUGCCUCUAGGAAAGUUUAUGGCCUCCCAGAGUAACCUCUACCUCAGAGAUUGGGACAUGAUCAUUUAAACAGUCUCAUGGCAAAUCCAAACAUUUGGGACUGGACUAUACAGCUGGACUUAGUGCUUUGAAUAAAGUAGUCAGAAACUGGUGCUCAAACAGGUGCAGCUUCUUUAAGGGUUGCCAGAUCCCCCGUCUUUUACUGGACACAGCACUUAUACAAGCUGAUGGGCAGCAACUGACAGUGUUGCCCUGUAAUAUGUAUAACUCAAGUCAUAGAAUGAAGAAUGCAGCAUUUGAAUUCUUCCUACUCCAGGGCAUCACAUUUCAUUGUAAGUGGAACAGUAGCAGCCUCAAUACCUUACCCAGAAUUCCUCCAUGAGACUACACAUUUAGCAACCCCAUCUUUUCUAUAUAAAAAGAUACAGCUUUAUUUUUGUAAGGUAGAUUGCUGUGAGUCACACAAAGUUACAGGCAGACAGUUACACACUGGCGUACUAAGGGGGUGGAGGUGCCAUGACCCUGGUCUGGGGGCUAGAGGGGGCUGUGUGAGCUGUACGGCCGCACAGUGCCCCAUGAUAGUUAGGGUGCCGGGCGGCCAUUACAGCUCACACACGCAAAGAGCAGCUGAACUGGCCGCACAGAGGUAAAGUGGGGGCAGAGCUAAGCAAAAUUGGGGGCGGAGCCAAAUUGGCAGCGGGGGCGGGGCUUAAUUUGGCCUUUACCCGCUGUUGUUACUGCUGCACAUGGAGGUGCAGCAAGAUGGAAUCCCUGCUUCUCCACAGGCUUCAGAGAAGGACUUCAGGGAAUCCACUCCUCCUCCAGCCCACUGUCUGUAAGUAAGAGUGUGUGUCUGUGUGAGACUGUCUGUGUGUAAUUGUCUGCCUGUAACUUUGUGUGUGUGUGUGUAACAGCCUGUAACUGUGUGUGUGUGCCUGUAACUGUGUGUAACUGUCUGCCUGUAACUGUGUGUAUGUGUGCCUGUCUGCCUGUAACUGUGUGUGUAACUGUCUGCCUGUAACUUUGUGUGAGACUGUCUGUGUGUAAUUGUCUGCCUGUAACUUUGUGUGCGUGCCUGUCUGCCUGUAACUGUGUGUAUGUCUGUUUGCCUGUCUGCCUGUAACUGUGUGUGUAACUGUCUGCCUGUAACUUUGUGUGAGACUGUCUGUGUGUAAUUGUCUGCCUGUAACUUUGUGUGCGUGCCUGUAUGCCUGUAACUGUGUGUAUGUCUGUUUGCCUGUCUGCCUGUAACUGUGUGUGUAACUGUCUGCUUGUAACUGUGUGUAUGUGUGUGCCUGUAACUGUGUGUGUGUAACUGUCAGCCUGUAACUUUGUGUGUGUGUGAGACUGUAUGUGUGUAACUGCCAGCCUGUAACUUUGUGUGUAUGUGUGUGUGUGUGUGUGACUGUCUGCCUGUAACUGUGUGUGUAACUGUCUGCCUGUAACUUUGUGUGUGUGUGCCUGUCUGCCUGUAACUCUGUGUGUAACUGUCUGCCUGUAACUUGGUGUGUGUGUGUGACUGUCUGCAUGUGACUGUGUGCCUGUAACUGUGUGUGUAACUCUCUGCAUGUAACUGUGUUUGUGAGUGACUGUAUAUGUGACUGUCUGUCUGUAACUGUGUGUGUGACUGUUUGACUAUGACUGUGUGUGACUACCUGUAACUGACUGUGUGUGUCUGCCUAUAACUGUGUGUGUGACUAUGUAUUUGUGACUGUCUGCCUGUGACUGUUUGAUGUUGCCUGUAACCGUGUGUGACUGUCUGCAUGUGACUAUCUGCUGCUGUUGUUUGUGUGUGUCAAUGUAUAUGUGACUGUCUGCCUGUAACUGUGUGCAUGACUGUCUGUGACUCUCUGCAUGUGACUGUGUGCGUGUGACUGCCUGCCUGUAACUGAGUGUGCGACUGUCUGCCUGUAACUGAGUGUGUGACUGUCUGCCUGUAAAUGUGUGUGUGGGGCUGCAGGAAUUUUGGAGAAGGGGGCAGGGGUUUUGUAUUGGGACAGGAGUUUUUAUAAGGGGGGAUAAGCAGGGGAUUUGUGGAAGGGGGUUGCGGGGGUUUUGUAGACUGGGGGGCAGUACAGGGGUUUUGUAGGAGGGGGCGGGGCAGGACAAGGGUUUUGUAGGAGGGUCUGACAGCGGUUUUGCAAAGUUUACAAAUUGUAAAAAAAAAAAGAAAACAUUUAACAUUUUUUACAGGUUUUUUUUUUGGGGGGGUGGGAGGGGGUGUGGGGGGUGCCAAGCACAGGACCCGCCCCGGGUGCCAAAUGCUCUAGGUACGCCCCUGAGGUGUGCACAGAAUUAGACCAGCCUUACUGGCCACAAACUGGAGAUGCCCACAAGGCACUCAGUGUCUCCUCAGGCUGUCCCUAUCCUGAAAUCCCCAGUGAUGCAAAUGACCCAUUCACAAGAUUCACUAUUAUUACAUACUCAGCUCAGCCAAUAAGAGUUCAAUGUAAGCGGAGUUGCUGAUAUGACUGUUUACUGCAGCCAGUUUCUCAGAUAUGCAGUUUUCAACUGCAAGGCUGUAUGGGCAGUAUCUUUGCCCUAAAAUCACUUAAUUAAAGUGACUUUAUGGUGGUGCAUAGCCUGUCCCUUUAAACUUUCAAAUCCGCUUCUUUAAAUACAGACUGUUAUGCAUGAUUAGUUAGUUACUCUUAUUUUCUUCAACACUCUGCAUAGCUCAAAAUGGCUGUGUUUUAGCCAUCUUCCUAAAUAUCAGGAACAAUAUUAACUUUAGCUGGAUAAAUAUAGAUAUAGUGGUUCAACACAGUGUAUAAAACAGUGUAAAAAAUUGUAAAAAAACGAAAUCGUGUCUCUCUCCCAAUGCUUUCCCUUCCUCACAGACACAGUGUCAGGUCUGCUGCUGAGGGGCAGUGAUGUGAGCCAAAUGUGAGGUUUCCUGCAGUCCAGCCAGUUACAGUCACUGAUCCCCUUGUCCCCAUACACUGCACACAUACCUUGGCAGCCAUGCUGUGUGGAACUCACACACACUUCCCAUAGAAUGUUGCCCUGGAACAUCCCAGCGCUGUGUUCGGAUCAGGCGCACGCCAGCUUUUGAUCGGCUGACACAAGGCCGGCCUCCCCGUGCCUGUUACGUGACCGCCGCGUCGUUCUGCCCUGUAGAGGAGACGGUAGAAGGCUGCUCUCCGAGGGAGGUAAGAACUGGGCUGCGUUUGGCCAUGCUGCAAGAAAAAAACGGCUGGAGGGGAACUUCCCUCCUGAAGGUCAGCCUGACAUUGCGCCCCCGAAGGGGGGAGGGGGGGUGUGUGUAAUUUCCUGCAAAUUUGAUACAUUUUCGGCCGAAAUGGGAUAGGCCUAUUUUCGGCCGAAAUUUCAGUGCAUCCCUAAACUAGACUAUUUCACACUGUAAUCUUUUCUAUUUUACAGCUUUAGUCUCUAUCACACAAACAAGUUACCCACACUCCCAAAUCCCGCCUUAAUAAAUAGACUCCCCAAAUGACUUAAUUAUGGUUAUUGGCUGCUAGUUUCUCUCUACAGGCAGGAUGGUUACAAUCUCCUACAUUGUUUUCUCUCCAUCUCUCAUUUUCACCAAUUCCUGCCUUGCUGUCAGACUGCUCCACUACCUGACAAAACCUUCCCCAGUCUUUAUAAAGCAGUUUAACCAAUGUUCUCAUUCUUACUCUUUUUAUUAUCUGGUUGUUGUUUUUUUUCUUUCAAAAGUAUACCAUUCCUUCCUUACAACUAACACCGUUUUCAAGUAACUCACUCUAUAUUGCUCCUUCUAUACUUCCUUCACUUGUUUCAUCCAAUGCAAUCUCAUCACUCACCUCCUUGACCUCCUCAAUGUCCACAACAUACAUGUAAGUCCCAUUCACACCUUCAUUCUAUGGUGAUCCUUUUGCUUUUAGAAUCAGAGGAUACAAAUCUUUGACAUAUACUGUCACUCCACUACAUCCCAUUCUUUUUUCCUCUAUUCUUUGGAAUGCAUACCCUCUCUGCAAAACCAUGAACUAUCAUGUCCUGUUCCUUAACCCCUUAAGGACACAUGACAUGUGUGACAUGUCAUGAUUCCCUUUUAUUCCAGAAGUUUGGUCCUUAAGGGAUUAAACCUCUUGGAAUAGACAGAAAGGGUGAUGUGCACUUAAUUCCACUCUCCCAGGUCAUGUGAUGCUAGGGAUGGGGUGUUUGGUUUCUGCUCCCCAUCAUUGUUUCUUCCAAACUUUGCCCCAUUGUGCUUCUCUCGGGUUUUCCUCUUCUGAAGUCCAGUCCAUCUGUCUCUUCAACCCACUCUCAGCGUGUGUUGCCGUUAUCUGACUCGCCUCUGCUCUUCCUUGAUCAUUUUUCUGCUUGGCUGCCUUCCUUUCUCUCCUCUGACAUUCCUUUCCUCAUCUCUAGUGACCUCAACAUCUCUAUUAAUGAACCCAACAGUUCACUAGCAUCUAGAUUUCUAUUUAUCAAAUCCUUCUUUGGUGUUACUUAAUGGACUAUCUCCCCUACACAUAUACCCGGCAAUACCCUUAACUUUGUCUUUUCCAACCCAUGCUCUGUCUCUAACUUCUCCAACACAUCUUUCUCUCUGUCUGACCACCAUCUUUUCACUUGUACUGUCAAUGUGCCCCUCACUUAACAUAUUAAAUCUAGGGCUAAUACAAAUCUAAGCUCCCUUGAUCUGUGUAAUUUCUCUUCCUCUCCAGUCUCUACUUUCCUCUCCUUUCUCAACUCUCUCCUAUCCUAUAUUACAAAUUUGUGCUACAUUCUUAUAAUUCCACCCUCUCCCUUGCCAAGCAAGAAUAUUUUACCUCUACCCUUACUCUCCUGAUCCACAAAAACAUUUUCAUAACCCUUAACUCGCUCCAAACCAGUCAUUAACUAACCUCACAGCUAGUAUUUUUGCAUGUCACUUUACUUGAAAGAUUAAACAAAUGAGUAAUGCAAUCUUCCCUCCUACCCUCCAAUACAGAGCUUCCAUGCUGUUCCCUCUUCCACCAAGGAGGUUUAUAAACUUCUUCUAUCCUCUUCACCCUGUCCUCUUGAUCCCCUCUACUAUCAUCUUAUCCAAUCUGUUUUCCCUAGUCUUGUCCCAUUCCUAAUGUGUAUUUUCAACCUCACUCUGUCUACUGGCCUUUUCCCUCAAACAUGCAAUCAUUUAUCCUAAAAAAAAGCCAUCUCUUGACCCCAUUUAUACUUAAAACUACCAUCCCAUAUAGCUACUCCACUUCACUUAUAAGUUUCUUGAGCAGCUUGUGUUUACCUAUCUUAUUCACUUACUCAAUACUAACUCUCUUCUUGACCCGCUUUAUUCUAGCCAAUGUUACCUCCACUCUACUGAAACUGCCCUCAUCAAACAACUUUAUCUCUGCUAAGUUUAAAGGUCAUUACUGAUACUGUUGACCACAUUCUUCUUCUUUAAACCCUCCACAACGUUUGACACCACGACACUGUACUUUCCUGUUUAUGUCCUAUCUUUCUGAAUGGUCAUUUAAUGUGUCCUUUUCAGAUGCCAACUUAUCCACGCUGCCAAUCUCAGUUGGUGUUCCCCUAGGCACUGUUAUUGGUCCUCCUCUUUUCCCAUUUACGCUUCCUCUCUCAGUAACCUUAUUAACUCCUUUGGAUUAUAAUACCAUCUAUAUGCUGAUGAUACUCCUAUAACCUCCAAUCUAGUACCAGCACUUUAUUUAGUCUACCUCAAUACAAAAAGAAAGCGUAUCGAUCCUCCUUUUCCUACAGAGCGCUGCAAUUUUGGAACGACUUCCCGCACACUUUCAAAUCUUCCCCAAGCCUAGAGUCCUUUAAGAGAUCCCUCUCUACAUAUCUCAAAACAGAAUGCACCUGUCAUGGUUGAAUAUAUAUUUCUUACCUGUUCUAUGUUACAUUUUGUAUAUAUUGUGUAUUAAUAUUGUUUUUGUAUUUUAUUGUACCCUAUUGUAUCAAUGCAAUGUUUUGUGGACCCAAGACAUACUUGAAAACGAGAGAAAUCUCAAUGUAUCCUUCCUAGUAAAAUAAUUUAUAAAUAAAUAAUAUUUAACAAGAAAAUCCAAUGGAGUGUAAGCGCUAUGAAAAUGAUGUAGCACUCAGUUAAGCUGCACUGUACCCCAGUGACACAAAUAAUAUUUAACACUCACUCAUCCUUCUUCCACUGUUUGGUUCUUCCACACACCACAUGGACUAACAUAUUUCAACACAGCCAUAUUAUCCAUCAGUCCCUCCUUCUCUCUGACACGCUUGGUUGAUCAGGACCUUCUUCACCUCUUGUCUCUGUUUAUCUUUUAUCAAUUAACCCCAUUCUUUGAUUAUAAAGCACUGUGAAAUAUGCUGACGUUAUAAAUAAUAAUAAUUUAACCCACUCAGUAGAAAAUGCACCUCUUUAUCAAAUAUAUCUAAUUAUUUCCUUUGUGUUCUAGAUUACAAAGACAUACCUUUGGAUGACUGGACUGAAAUUCACGUGACUCAUUGGCUGAAAUCAAUUAGACUAAAAGAAGAUUAUAUUUCCAAGCUCUAUGAAGCAGAAGUAACUGGCCCAGUACUGAAAAAAAUUACUGAAAAAUAUUUGAAAAGGAUGUGCAUGAAAGAUGGACAAAUAGAACUAUUACUUAUUAGCAGAGAUGAGCUUUUAGAACAAACUGUGCUAGGGAAAUCACAGCAGGAAAGAUGCAACUCAACUGGAGGGAAUCAAAAAGGAGCUGAUAUUAUUCAGAAAAAUGCAGCAAUGUCUCCACAAGAGGUUCCAGACCAGAAAGCAGAGAAAGCAAAAAAUCAUGACCUCUCAAAAUUGGAGCCCAAGCAGUCAUUGAAAACUAGCCCUUUCCGUCCCUUUGAUGAAAUUGGGAAUUUUAGAUAUGUGAAAAACCAAAUACUAUUACCAGAAACUGGUAUAAUAGACCUCAUUUCACCAUGUCAUGAGUACAAAUCAUUAGCAACUGCUGUAACAUUAGAUAAAAAACAACUACAGACAAAAUUCACUUCUGAGGUCGUCCGAUUUGCUGCCGCCUGCUUGAAUGUGAGAACAAAUGGAACCAUACACUUUGGUAUUAUGGACAGUGUGGAAGCCAAGGGUUAUGAACAUGGACAGAUAGUAGGCAUUCCGAUCCAAGAGAAAGAGUUAUACUCCGAUGCCCUUAAUAAUUUAAAAGAAUGCUUCCCAGAGCCCUACGAGUAUGCGGUAGCCAGACUAUGCAUCCGACCGCCACAAUUUGUUGAGGUUAUUGAUAAAGACUCCGACGAAAAACUAUUUGUGGUGGAAGUUGACAUUGUGCCUUUAUCAUGCAGUGUAAAAGGGAAAAAAUUUCAAGUGCGAUUGCCCAAGUACAACAAAAAUAAAAUUAAUUAUGGCAAGCUAACAAUUUAUGAAAGAAAUGGAACAAAGACAGAACCAGUUAAAAUAGAAGAGGAGUUAAAUGCAUUUGAACAAAGGCAAAGAGAAGCUGAUAUCAGGAGAGAAAAGGCUGAAUUAUUAGCUUCUUCUGAAAUGGAAAGUUAUGAAGACUUGGGAAGAAAGCUUUCGGUGCUGCUAACCAAUGGGAAGCAGUACUUUGAUGACACUCAGUGGUAUGUCGUAGUCUCCAACAAAUGUGAAGAACAGGAUUUGGAAUACUUGAAGUUUCUAAAGGACAUUAAUAUUUUGUGUGUUUUUGAUUUUGAUCCAGAGUCUGAUAGUAAAGGUCUAUGUUCAAGGUACAAGGAGUACCAUGCAACAAAUAUUUACUCACUGGAAAGCUACUCUAGUGAAUGUGUAAAGACAAAAGAUGAGAUUGUAAAGAACCUAUGUUUGUUCAAACAAACAUGCUGGAUAUUUUGCAAUGGACGCACAAACUUCCUUGGAGAUGACCAGCCCUGUGAUGAACAUACAUGGAUCCGUAAUAAAGGGAGAUACUUUAAAAGGGCGGUUUCUUUGAUCUGUGAUGAAAUAAUUAAAAGGGGCUGCUUCACUGUCCUCUUUCUGUUAUUGUCUUCAGUGGAAAAGCCAAUUGUUGAGGCUUUUAAUGAAUUUUACAGAGAAAUGAGUGGCCUGGAAUACAUCACUUGCAUUGUCGAAAAUAAAGACUAUUACGAGCACUGGUCCACUCUGGCACAGAAUUCCUGUACCAGGGAAGAACUUGAUCAGAGGAGUAUUGUUGGUAUGAAGCUAAGCCAUGCUGCAGCUACAGUUCAAAAAAUGCUACCAACAACAGAUUACCAUAGACGCCUCCCAGUCUUCACAGGAGGGUUCUGUAUUCUAACCGUACCUGAAGAAGAAAGGAUGCAUUCACUUAAUAUACUUUGUUUGAAUGAAUGUAGCAACAUCAAUCAGGAAAAAAUUGACAAAAAAGAAACACAAGAAUUUGAAAGCUUCUUUUAUCGUGGUGGGAAGAUUAGCUGGAAACAUUUCUGGCUUGCUGAACAGAAGAAAUGUGGGCAAAUUAUAGAAAGACACGGAUGCACAGAAGUGGAAGAUAUAUUAAAUGAUAUUUUAAACAAAAACACUGUAAAGCUUCCUGUUGCUCGAAUCAAGAUUGUUCAUCAUCCAGGAAGUGGAGGGAGUACAGUUGUGCGUCAAAUUCUUUGGAAAAACAAAAAACAUUUAAGAUGUGCCAUAGUAAAUGCAUCUUACCCAGUUACAACAGUCUGUGAGCACACGGUUAAAUUAAGAGAGUAUGAGGAAAAAGACAUGAAACAGUGUUUACCAGUACUUCUCCUCUUAGAGGACUGUGAGGAAGAAUAUAUAGAUGAUUUGAAGCAUUAUUUAGGGGAAGCCAUGAGAAACAACACAAACAAUUCAAAGCCUAGCUUUAUACUUUUGAGUUGUAAUCGAUCAAAUGCACCGCUACGGCUUUGUACAAACUCUACACACGACACAGUUGCAAUCACACACAAACUAAACCCAGAGGAGGAACGGCUAUUUAAAGCGAAAGCAGAUGAGCUCUCUGAGUCUUUCUCGUCAGACCUCAUAAUUAGUUUUGUUUUAAUGAGUCAUGGAUUUGAAAAAAAAUACCUGAAGGAUUUUGUUGAGAAUGCAAUGCGAGAAAUUGACCACUCAUCCACAGAAACACGAUUACUCAGAUAUGUUGCCUUACUAAAUCACUAUGUCCAAAAUUCUUACAUUUCACUUUCACACUGUGAAGCCUUCCUUGGGCUUAAGCCGUAUUUUGCAACUGAGCUAAAUAAACUAAAUAGUUGUAAUUUUCUAAACAGUUUAAGUGACCAGGCAAAACUCAUACUAAUUGAAUUGAGAGAAAAUACCAGUUGGAUCUCCAGCAUUCGUAUUUUGCACCCGUUAAUUGCGGAGGAACUUUUAGUGCAGUUAUCAAGCAACUAUCCUCAGAGUAAAAUUGCAAUGGACCUUCUUCAGGAAGAAUCACUACUCCAUCACAAAUUUGGGCAAAAAGACUUUGUAACAUUCAUCAGACACUUGUUUUUACGACGUCACAGAAAAAGCAGAGGUGACAACGUAGACACCAUCUUUUCACCACUUAUUGAACAUGUGUGUAAUGGGGAGGAAGCAGUAGAGAUGGCAAUUAAGCUUUUAGAAUCAGCUUAUGUAAGGUUUGAUAAAGAUGCUUUAUUUGCACAACAACUAGCAAGACUACAUUAUAAAAAUGAGAGAUUUGAAGAUGCCAAAAAAUGGGCAGAAACUGCUAAAUCACACUGUCCACACGACUCAUUUAUAUUGGAUACCGAAGGCCAAGUGUACAAAAAGUGGUUCAAUGUAAACAUGGAUAAGUACUUAAAAGACAAAAAUUGUGCAGAUGUAAUACAUGUGAUGGAAAUGGGACUUAAAUCGAUGGAAUGUUUUAAAGCAGCACAAAAAGCUGCAAAAUCAGAGACUGAUACGAUGAAUUAUGUAGGGUAUUUUAGUGAGGUAGAUGUAGGAUGUCGUUUGCUACAACUGCUUUCAGAUUUGGAUGUUUUUAAUAAAGAAGAAGGAAAAAAAACAGAACUUUUAAAAUAUCUUUUAACAAAAUACAUACCAGAAGAUCUAAAAACAUCAUGGGCAAAGAUACACGGGAGAUUAAAAGGGCUAUACCAAAACAUUUAUGAUGGCCUGGAAUGGAUUUCUGAAGAAGUGGGUUACUUUCAAACAGAUAAAAUUGAUGGUGAAGAAGCUCGAAAGGGGGAGGAUCACAUUCAUAAUCCUAGAAGAUGGCUUAUGAGGAAAACCAAAAUAUUUGCACGUUUUUUUAAAUCACACCUUAUAAAAGGCAUAGACGGUGGUUUACUUCAAGAAAAACAGUUUGUUAAGAAAAUGAGUAUUUACGAACUUGGUGGUGGCAGUGCAACAACAAUACUUUCUUUGCUGUCCGACUCAACUAAAAAUGAAAAGCCAAAAAAGUUGGAAACUAUUCUGGAUCUUUAUGGACCAAAUGUUUCCCUGGAAUCUCUGGAUAAUAUCGAUCUAAUAAAUUACAUAAUGUGUCAUAUUGCAUUAGGGAGUGUGAGCACUGAAUCUACAAAACUUUUACCGUUUCAAAAGCUGCGUGACAUGAGUAAGAGAUUUCUGAGAGAACGGGCACAAUUUCCUCCCAGUGCCUACCUAAUCAUUUUUAUGCUCUACUGGCCGGAUGACAAAUUUGAUGAACACCACAACGAAAGUGUUUUAACCAAUGCUGUUAAAACUGCAAGGCACUUACAUGAACUAAGACUUAAAAAUAUUCCAGUUAGAAAAAAACGAACAAAUGUGCUGUUUUUUUUAGGGAAAGGGUGUGCAUAUCAAAAGUUCAUACACAGAAGUACCAUUGAGAAAAUGAUUGAAGAGCCUCUAAAUGAACGGUUUUUCAGAUGGGAUAGUGAUCCGAAAAAAAACCAGAAAAACCUCAAAAUACAGAAUCUGCUGCAAAAAGUAUCAGGUUGGACAGAAAAUGGGAAAGUUUACACAAAGAGAAAGAAUGGCAAGGAGAAAAUUGAAGUUCUGUCUUUAAAUUAUUCAUCAGUGCCCAAUGGCAACGAGAAUGUCACAUUCUAUGUGGGAUUUACAUACAUUGGCUUUGUUGCUUAUAAUGUACAAGUAAGCAGGUAAAAUUCAAUGGUGAUGGAGAAAAAAGUGCUGAUUCUGGAACACAGAUUAUGUACAUCUUAAUUAUGUACUGUUCAUUUUUACUCUAUAUUCUACUUACGCGUCAUUUCCAUAUUCUUAUUUUCUCUAUAAUUUUUCUUGAUAAAUCCUAAUAAAGUUUGAAUUACAUAAAAAUAUAUAUAUAACAACAUAGAAACUAAUGGCUCAUCUUAUUUGAACAAAAGUCUGAAGCUAUUUCUUAAAAUAUAGGCUCAAAAUACAGCAAUAUGCUGUUGAUUAAGUCCUCCCUGACCAGAUCAGUUUCAGAAAUAAUGAGGAAACCCAAUAAUCACUGGUAAUCGAAAACCAUUUUGUUUUUCUUUAUUAGUGUCAGGAAUGGAGAUACCCUAACUCGCAAAGCUAAAGGUAUCAAUACCGGUUCUUAGAGUGGCUGGGCUAGUGCUUACGAUAGGUAAAUGAAAUGUCUGCAAGCAGACAGAGAAUAAAUGAGAUACUGUCCGUGGUCAGGAUAACAGAAAUACACAGAACUGAUAGUCAGGCCAAGAUCAGGAUAACAGAGAGCAAAAAUAAUCAAUCAGGUCAGAAAACAGGAGAUCAAAUACACAGUAUAAACACACGCCUGGUAACAAGAAACAAGGACAACCAGGAAGUAUAUAUAACCUAUACUGAGUAGUGAUUGGUCACAGAGGACCAUAAUGUCACAAGUGUGUAUACAUCAUUGAAAAAUGGCACAUAGACUGACACUAUAAAAGGAGAUUAAUGGUAGGGAUCCGAGUCAUAUAUGUUGACAAAACGAGGCACCAGGAAGCUAAGGAUGAGUGUGUGUGCAUCAGAACUCAGAAAAUACAUAAUUUCUGUGAUCACACAGUGUCGGGAGGGACAGAUAUUGUGACAAUUAGAGACUUUAGAAAAGUCUCCCAAAUAUUGUCCCAAUCUGAACCCUCUAACAUCUCCCCACUAGGAGACGUCACCUAGGAACUCAAAUUGAAGGUUGUGGAGAUAAUUAAGGUGUUAAAAUAGUAGAGAUGUUUAAGUGUUCUUGCAUAGCAAGACCACUUAAUGUUAUCUCACAUAUAUAUUAUACUUAUUAUAGCCAAAUUUACCACCCUAACUCCUCCCACAGUUUUUACACUACAUAGUAAUUUACCAAAACGUGCAGAUUGUUCCCAAUCGGUGUGCUAUUACUUUGUGGAACGUUUCGCCGAAUGGUUCAGGGAAUAUCGUCUUUUUUGUGGAGAAAUUGGUCCCAUAGGAAUGAAUGGCGAAAUGUUCAAAACUAGAGUGGGAGCUGACAAAAGCUGAAAAAUCAGGACAUGAUUUUUUAAACUGCCACCACUCCCUCAUUUUCAACCCCACCUACACAAAUCUCCUUCGCGGUAGGAUUUAUAGUUUUUAAAAUACGACCGUUUGAAGAUGGCAACCGCCAAAAUACUCUGACCUGUGCCAGGCUGGAGCAGAAAGUGAUGUCAUAGACAGGGCCUUUUGUACACCUGCUAAUAUUUUUAUAAAUGUAUGUUUUAAUGUAACUGUGAAGCACUUUGGGAAACAACGUUGCAAUUAAAUGUGCUAUAUAAAUAAAUAAAAGUUGAAAUGCAUUUCUCACUCUAUCAAUUUUGUCAUGUGCACUUUUUAAAUUUGAUCAAUUGGUUAGUGUAAUGUUUACUAUCUUUACUCACUCCAAACACUCCACCCAGUUACUCCGCUCACUCCAGUUGUAGACUACUGGUGGAGGCAAGAACACUUCACACAAUUUCCCCAGAAAUUGUAGCUUUGUUAGUUCUUAUUCUUUUUAUAGCCAAAUUUACCACCCUAACUCCUCCCACAGUUUUUACACUACAUAGACCGUAAUAUACCGAAAAGUGCGGAUUGUUCCCGAUUGGAUUGCUAUUACUUUGUGGAACGUUUCCCCGAAUGGUUCACGGAAUAUCGUCGUUCUUGUGGCGAAAUUGGUCCCAUAGGAAUGAAUGGCAAAAUGUUCAAAACUAGAGUGGGAGCUGUCAAAAGCUGAAAAAUCAGGACAUGAUUUCUAAACUGCCACCACUCCCUCAUUUUUAAGCCCACCUACACAAAUCUUAUAUCAAAACGUUCAGCUAUCCCUGCUGCCACUAAACAAUUCCACUGCUAAGCCAUAGUCCUGAUAGUUUUCACAAUAUGACCAUUUGUUUGCAACUCAUGCCGUCCAUUGACAUUCAUUGAAACUCCACUCUAGCCAGCUCAAAUUUGAAAGGCAAUUUCUAAACUGCGACUGUGCCUUCAGAGACACACUGUGCAUCAAAAACUAGGUCUGGGUCUUGUGAUUCUCACAAUAUAAAGCCCUUUGCUGUAGGAUUUAUAGUUUUUAAAAUACGACCAUUUGAAGAUGGCAACCGCCAAAAUACUCUGACCUGUGCCAGGCUGCAGCAGCAAGUGAUGUCAUAGACAGGGCCUUUUGAACACCUGCUAAUGUUUUUAUAAAUGUAUGGUUUAAUGUAACUGUGAAGCACUUUGGGCAAUAACGUUGUAAUUAAUGUGCUAAAUAAAUAAAUAAAAGUUGAAAUGCAUUUCUCACUCUAUCAAGCUUGCCAUGUGCACUUUUUAAAUUUGAUCAAUCGGUUAGUGUAUUGUUUACUAUCUUUACUCACUCCAAACACUCCACACAGUUACUCUGCCCACUCCAUAAAGUUACUCUGCCCAGUCCAACCUUUCCACAGUUACUCCAGCCACUCAACCCAGUUACUGCGCCCACUCCAGUUGGAUGCAAGAACACUUUGCAAAAUGUCUGCAGGAGCCUCCUGUAUGUAAUGAAAGUUUAAUUUACAGAGCAGGAGAUAAAAAUUUCUAAAGUAAGUUACAUCUCAUUGACAUCAAAACCGUUUUGUUUUCAUGCAGGCUGUGUGAAUCACAACAAGGGGAUGUGUGGCUAGGGCUGCAUGAACAGAAACAAAAGUGAUUUAAAGGACCACUCUAGGCACCCAGACCACUUCAGCUUAAUGAGGUGGUCUGGGUGCCUGGUCCAGCUAGGGUUAACCCAUUUUUUUAUAAACAUAGCAGUUUCAGGGAAACUGCUAUGUUUAUGAAUGGGUUAAGCCUUCCCCUAUUUCCUCUAGUGGUUGUCUCAUUGACAGCAGCUAGAGGCACUUGCGUGCUUCUCACUUUGAUUUUCACAGUGAGAGCACGCCAGCCUCCAUAGGAAAGUGUUGAUAAUGCUUUCCUAUGCGACCGGCUGAAUGCGCGCGCAGCUCUUGCCGCGUGUGUGCAUUCAGCCGACGGGGAGGAGAGAAGGAGGAUCGGAGGAGGAGAGCUCCCCGCCCAGCGCUGGAAAAAGGUAAGUUUUACCCCUUUUCCCCUUUCCAGAGCCGGGCGGGCGGGGGUCCCUGAGGGUGGGGGCACCCUCAGGGCACUAUAGUGCCAGGAAAACGAGUAUGUUUUCCUGGCACUAUAGUGGUCCUUUAACUCUUAAAUGGCAGAGAAUUGAGCAGUGAAACUCCAGAGGCAUUAUCUUUACACAAAAACUGCUUCAUUAAGCUAAAGUUGUUUUGGUGACUAUAGUGUCCCUUUAAUAUUUAUUAUAACUGAGAACUGUACAUACAAGCCCAGUGAAUCUAGCAUAGAAAUUGAAACAAAUGAAAAUACAAAAUGAAAGUAUUUACAUAAUGUUUAUACUUUUAAAAGUGCACAUACUAACUAUUCCCCUAGUGUCUACUAACCCUAUGAUUUAUAACCAAUAAUGCCAGAUUAUCUCAAACACGGCUUUAUUAACUCGUAAUGCCACAGAGAGAUACCUACAAUCAUAUGUCAAACAAAAAGGAAUGAAAGAGUGUAAAAAAUAUCUUCUAGCUAUGAGGAAGGCAUAUAUCUUAUAAACAAAUUAAUUAUAAGCCUACUUAAUAUUGAUCUGGUUUACUGCUUAGGUGAACUCUGCUCUUGCAGCUGUUCUAUGAGGGCCCCCUCCCCCAAGAUCAGUACUAGUUCCAAUACUCCAAUAUAGUUGAAAUCACAAGGUAAAUCAAGUAAUGUAUAUGGAGGAUAGUGUGUAUAUAACUGGUAUAGGGCAGAUGUUUUAAAUCUACAGUUUCCAUGAUGCUAUGUCAUUUUAAAGGUAUGCUAAAGGAAUGCAAAACAUCAUGGGGUUUACCUUUUGGGCAGCCCUGGUAUAGAGGAUACCUCUGGUUGUAAAUAGUCAUCCCAAUCUGCUAAUGUAAAGUAUAACAGCUACAGUGCGUGACUAAAUACCUUGGAUGUUAAAGGAACACUAUAGGGUCAAGAACAUAAACAUGUAUUCCUGACCCUAUGUUAAACACACCAUUUAGAUGGCUUGUCCCCCCAACACCUUUAGAAGGGGUUAAAACAUACCUUCAUUCCAGAGCCGUGCGGGUCCGAUUGUGCUGGCCCCGCCCUCGAUCUGCCUCCUUGGUGACAUCAUCAGAUUAGCUGAUUCUUAACCAAUGCAAUGCUUUCCCUGGAUAGCAUUUGAUUGGCUAAAAUCGGCAAGGGGGUGGGGCCAUACACCGUUUUGGCCAGUCAGCACCUUUCUUGUAGAAAUGCAUUAAAAUUCAGCCACCCCAUGCAGAGCAUUGAGACCCUGAACGGCAGUGCUGCCCACUGUGCAGCACUGAGCUAGGAAGCACCUCCAGUGGCCGUCUGAGGAUUGGCACUUGGAGGUGUCCCUAGGGGGGGAAUGUAAACACUGACUUUUUUUUUUCUGAAAAGGCAGUGUUUGCAUGGAAAUGCCUGAAGGCAAUGAUUAUACUCCCCAGAACAAAUACAUUAAGCUGUACUUGUUCUGGUGACUAUAGUGUCCCUUUAAUGCGCCCUACUAAGUACUGGGGUUAUAAACUAAGUACUGGGGUUAUAAGCUAAGUACUGGGGUUAUAAACAGUCUCCCUCUGUAAUUUAUAUACUUCUUAUCUGCAAGAUGUAAUACCUCAUCUACAAAGACAGCAUUAGCCUAGUAGAUACUUUAAUAAAAGGCUUGCUAAGUUAAUCAAUAUGUCCGCCACCAGUAAGACUGUUAUGUAUUAAAUUAGUAGAACAAAAAUACAGGUAGCGCCAAGGAAAAUAACACACUAGACAAAAAUACACAUAACUCUGUUACAACCAAUAAAACACACUAAAAAAUGAAAUAAAAAGAGUCCACAGUAAAGUCCAGAAUUGAAAAGAAUAUAAAAAUACCAAAUGAUAGGGCACAGUCUUAGAGGUAACAACCCAUCUUCUAGGUCUUGCACGGUGCUUUUUGGGCAACUUCCAUUAGUAACAGCAUUUGAAAAAAAAGCAAAGACAAGCGAGGACCAAUAGUGCAAUAUGGUAGUGGAGUAUACUUAAAAAAGUUGUCAACUCACAUUUGAUGGAGCUAUAACCGACUCUAUGUAAAAAAUUUUGUGGUUUUUAAUCCCUACUUGUAGUGUGAUGGGAUUCCAGCAUGGUUAAAAUUUAGUAGGCCAAAAUCUCCAUGUGGCAUAUGUGUAUGUUGUGUCAGUUGGUUAGCUACAUGUAGCUAGGAUACUGUCAUCAGUGUACUGAGCAUGUGCAGGAAUGCAGGAACUGAAAUUGCACUUAUUUCCUUUGUCUUGGAUGAGCCAUGUGGUUUGACUAGAUGUACAAGUCUAUAUUCUGCUCAUUGAUUGGUUAAAGGUAUAUGUGGGUGUAGCUAUUAAUGGGAGGAGUUAUGUGCCUAUAUAGGGAGCCUGCACUAUUGAUCAGGGCUCAGAACUUGCUGUAUUUUUGGUGACAUUAGUCCCUCUGAGUCCCGAUCGGUGAUCCAAUAAAGAAUCUCCUCCUUCCUGAAGAAACCUGUGUCCAUCUCUCUGUGCUUUGCUUCCGUCAGUUUCUCCGGUAUCAUUUGGUGCAUUGGCCGGGAAACUCAUCGUUCAACGGUAGCUGAGAGGCAGAGGCGUGAGACGGUCUAUCUUUGCCCACGUUCUCUACGGCUGCACCCCUGAACUUCUGCGUGGACCUCCCUUCGUCUCGGCGCCACUGGUCUGUUGUCCAGGAGAUCAUCGGCCUCUACGUAAGAAGUGCUGGGGUGUCCCCGUCGAUGAGUGUGAACUCAGGUUCAGGAACGAGGAGGUAAGACAACUGCUGUUUUAGACGGCAGACCCACUAGGGGUAUACCGAUUGUGCGGUAGGCCCAAAAGGGGUUUAAAUCUGUGUAUGGAAUCUGCCCCCUCUGUCGGAGGGAAGGAGCGAAGGCGCACCGCUCGAUCGAACGCUCUUUAGUAAGACCGUUUUGAUCUGGUUAGUCAGGCGGGGUCCUGUGUAAAUAGCCCUAGCCGGACACCGGUGUCCUGUCUUGACUAGCGUAUCUAGGGUGUAAAUUUUGUUCGCUAGGUCGGGGGGACCGGGAGACUAGCAUACUCUGUUGUAUAUUAUAGUUUGCUAGAUUUCACCCUAUCUUAACUAAGUGUGCUCUGUUGUAAAUCCAGCCACUAGCUUAUUGAUAGUUUAAUAGACUAGCUGGGUACUGUGUAAAUUCUGCCCUCUAGUUCGCUAUACGUGGUGUCUGGGCAGCGAAGAACUUAUCGAAUCUCUGGUGUAUAAAUAGAUCGAAAGCUCUCGAGGUGCUGGCCAGUUAGAAUAGUUGGGAUUAUUGUAAAUGUUGUUAAAUAUAUUGUAGUUGGUGAAUUGGUUAACUUGUAUGUCCUACUAGAAAGUUAGAGCUCUGCUGUCUAGUGGGAGUGUAAAUUGUGUGUAUAACUGUAAAAUAGCGCACGGUACCAUAACUACUGACAUGUACCAUAACCACUGACAUUGUGUAAAAAUUACUAACAAUUGCUGUUUUAUGUUAUAUGUAUAAUACCAUAACUGUUACUAACUGAUCUGUGACUUUAAAACUGUAUUAUAACCACUUACUAACUGUACCAUAACCACUGACUGUAAAGAUGAGGUUACUAGAAUGUGAUAUAGUUGGUUAGUCAAAAGUUGAUUUAUAGUACAGAUAAUUGUAGAGAUGAAAUCUGUUGAAAUGUUAUGUGAUCGGUUAGUUUAUAUGGAUUAAUAGCGUGGAUAGUUGUAUGGUUUGAAUAAUAGUUACAUUGAUGAGUGUAUAGUCUUUGGUGGGUUUUUGAUUUAAUUUCGUGUGUGCGACGUCGUGAUAUUGUUGAGCAUGUGAGGAUCCUGUGUGUGUGUUUGGGCCUAGUGACUGCGCAAUGUGUUGCUGGUGAUAAGGAGAUUGGUGUGACUGUUGAAACUGUGUGUAUAUUUGUACAGCUUUUUGAAUCAGACGUUCUGUUGAAAUAAUCUGAUUCACUUGGCUGUUAGUCUUUUGUCUUGUAUGUUUAAAAAAAAAAAAAAAAGUAGGGAGUAGCUUGUCCUGGUGGCCGCAUGGCCUCCAUGUAGCAGUCUUCACUUAAAUUUAGUGCAGGGUGUACAUGUGGCUGUAACUAGUAGGCUGGAAUUCUAUGAUCAGUUUCUAUAAAUUGACUGUUGGAAACUGAUUGUUGCCUUGGUGAAUUAAACUGUGUCAUAUGGGAAACAAUGUAGCCAUAUGGUGGUCAGAACUAAGGACUUAAUUACAACUGCUUUGGACAUCCCCUCCCCCCCUGGCAUCUGAUUACCAACCCCCCAAACAUCCUCCAGAGCCAGAGUAGCCACGCCCCUAUUCUUCUUCCCAAGCUAAGAACUGGUAUAUAGUCAGUAUUUGCACUCUCCCUGCUCUACUGUCCCCGCCUACCCACAUACCUAUCUGUUCCUGUGUUUCAAACUCUUGUAUUUCUGUACUACCCCUCCCCCUAAUCAAUGAUCAAUGGUAUCAAAUGGUAUAUUGGUUUUUUUAGUUACUGGAUGGGCCCCUCCCAGCUUUGUCCAAAAUGUCCCCUUUUACUAAACUACAAACUGAAAUGUUUAAUUUACCUUAGAACUAAAGAUUUAAUCAAGCCUAGCUAGCAGGGUGGACAUUGAUUAAAAUAAGUAAUAAUAAAAUAGGACAUAAUUAAUUAAAGUCUAUUUGUUUCAUUUGACUUUAGGGAGGCACUCUAAGCCACCUACUGGCCAUCUUCGGGAGUUACAUUGAUAAUACAUUGUUUAUAACAGAUAGAUGUAGGAUUGCUUACCCUAUUUUAAUAUAUUUAUUGCUAUAAGGUUUUAUUUUAUGUAUAAAUAUAUUAAAAGUUGAGUUUUCUUAUUAGACCCAUAAAGAUUAUUUUGAUACAAUUACCCUCUGGUGACACCUACUGGUAGGUUUUUGGUUUAACACUUUAAAAAAAAAACAAAAAAAAACGUUUUUUCAUCCACCAAAUGCUGACUAAUAAAAUUAUCUUACUAUCCUAGACUGGAACCUAUUAUUGGGCAGCCUUGCCGAAGUCCCAUAUUAGACACUGCUUGAGUCAAAUAGGUUGUAUACUCCCUUUAAUCCAGAGGCCCCUGAAAACUUCCAAAUGAUAGACUCAGCAUUUGUCAGCCAGGCCCAAGGUGAUAGUAAAAGGAAAUUACAGAAAUUAGAGGGAUUUGCAGGGAUGUCCAUAAUACAGCUAAUGGAGAUUGCAAAUACAGUAUAUAUGAAUAGGGAGAUGGAUGAAGAACGUAAAAUGAGGAAAAAGGCAGAUAUGCUAGCGGUAGCUAUCUUAAGUGUAGAAAGACAGGGAAGUGAAUAGAGGAGACGAGAAUAGGCUGAGCAAGGGACUUUAAGUAGGAAUUAAUGUGCGUAUUGUAGAAAGGAGGGACAUUGGAAGAGUGAGUGUCCACAGAGAGAGCAGUAUGAAGGUGAUAGACAAGGAGAGAGAAGGGUAUGAGGAGGUUAUAGUGGUAGUUAUAGAGUAAGAGGAAGUUUUAGAGGGAAUGGUGGGAAUAGUAGAGGAAGUGUUCAAGGAGACAGAUACUAUCCACCCACGCAGAGACCUAGAGAAAGAGAGGAUAGAGAUUUUGUGGGUCUGGCUGACACUAUCAUGGAAGACUAUUGAUACCGACUGGGCUCCAUCCCACUUGGUCGAGCGUAGCCUAUGGUCGAUGUAGCAAUAGGGGGAAAGAGAAGUUCUUUCAUGAUCGACACAGGUGCUGAACAUUCUGUGGUGAAGCAUUAGUUCCUAUAUAUGCCAGAGUGUCCAAUUCAACUUUUAGGACGAGAUCUAUUAUCGAAGCUUUAAACUCAGAUAACCUUUUACCUAAUGGAUUAACAUCUCUGAAGUUUAAGGGAUUACCAGGCAUAAUGGUGAUAUCGGUGCCAAGGGAAGAAGAAUGACGCUUCUAUUCCAUAGUGACAAGUGUUAACCCUAAGAGUGAUGAAUCCUUAUUUGACAUUCCAGGAGUAUGGGAAGAAAAUAAUCCUCCAGGACUUGCUCGUAAUAUCCCACCAAUACAUAUUGAGUUAAAGCUCGGGGUGUAUUCUGUUAGCCUUUGUAUGUUGUUCUUUUAUCUACCCCAACAGCUGUAAAGGUGGCGGAAGUGACUCCUUGGAUUCAUCAUUCUAAGGUUAAACCAGCAGCAGACUCUUGGCAAGCUACUCCAGAUCCUGAGAAUCCUUGCAGGACCCGGUUGAAGCGUGCAACUCAGUCGGAGUGACGAGGGGAUAUCGAGACAUUCUAAUUAAAAGUCUACAAAGAUCAUCAAGUAGGUGUUUUGACGGCCAUAAUAAAGCCUGACCACCUGCCUACGUGUCAUAGCCAGAGUAUCUUGAAGGGAUCUCUGUGAAGGAAAGUGAGGAUCAGAAGAACAACAUCCUUGCAGCCCUCACAAUCGGGAAGCUGAGAGGCCAUCGCACGGUUGAAGAAAAAUGAGGAUUUCAGGAAUAAUGUGUUUUAUUGUGUCUUAGUAUUUUUAUGAUUUUUCAGGAAGGUAGGAGUACAGACAUACCGAAUUGCGAUAGUUGCAUUAAGACUACUAAAACAGGUAACCAAAUAUCCCAAACUUUCAUCUGGCACUCACAGUAUGAAUGUAAGGGAUCUGUAUCUAAAUGUAGAUAUUUGGAUAUUGAUUAUAGUGUGUGCAAGCCAAUAUCAGGAGAGUCUAAAUGUUUUGAUCCCCAUUUCCAACCCCGUACAAUUUGGUUGGUAAUUCGGAAUAGUAACUCCCAGGGGACAUUACUAAAUAGGACUGUGAUAAGCACCAUACAUUCCGCGGGUAUUCUACUAUUUGAUGCAUGUAAGGCGAUUUCGGGUAGUGGAAGACUUUGGAAUGUAUGUGGUAAUCUUAAAUGGGAACGAACUUAUGGGUUUAAUGAUAAAUACUUAUGUCCCAGUAAAAGAUCUACUGAUCCUGAUUGCCCAAAUAGAGACCAACUUCUGCCCCUAUUGGUCAUGUGUAGGUUGGGCAACCUGGGAAAAACAGUGGAUCAAGAUAUGAUUAUCCAAAGGUUGCCUACCACACCAUACUGUAAAUCUAUGGAAUGUAAUCCGGUCCAUAUGACCAUCUCUAAUCCCCAGCAUUUUAUUGACAAAUUUGGAAAUAUUUUUGGGUUCCAAAUAUAUGGCACAGGAGUAAAUUCAGGAACAAUAAUAUAUGUAGGUCUUGAAACUGAGACAGUGGCAACUCAAACUCAUCAGGUUUCUCAUUCCUUCUAUGAGGAGAUGAGUAUUGAGGAUAAAAUUCCCCAUAAUGUUAACAACCUAUUUAUUGAUUUGGCUGAGGGUAUUGCAGGUAGUCUUAAUGUAGCUAAUUGCUAUGUGUGUGGAGGUACUAAUAUGGGAGACCAGUGGCCAUGGGAGGCAAAGGAAAUAUGGUACCCUGGCUCUGAGACAUAUGAACAACAGAUACCUUUCCAGUCUGAUCAUCAAGUAAGUACUAGAAGUAAAUUGGAAUGGUGGUUAAAAACCUCCAUUAUAGGUCAUGUUUGUAUAGCCAGGAAAGGGACAAUGUAUAACACGUCUGUAGGUGAGCUAACUUGCUUGGGACAAAAAGCCUAUAAUGUUAAUACUAAAAUACUACUUGGUGGUCAGCUUCAAAUGUCUCGGAACCUACUAAUCCGUUUGCCAAUUACACUCAUUUAAAGGAGGUAUGGUUUGACUUAUCUGCUACAUCUAGUUGGAAAGCCCCAGCAAAUUUAUACUGGAUUUGUGGUAAUAAAACUUAUUUGGAGUUACCACAAGAUUGGGAAGGGGCAUGUGUAUUAGGUAUGCUCAAGCCAUCCUUCUUCUUGUUGCCAAUCGAAACAGGAGAGACCUUGGGAGUUAAGGUUUACGAUGUAAAUCAUAAAAGGAAGAGAGCAUCCUUGAAUAUAGGUAGCUGGGAAGAUAAUGAGUGGCCCCCUCAACGUAUUAUUAAUUAUUAUGGACCUGCUACUUGGGCAGAAGAUGGCACUUAUGGAUAUAGAACUCCGAUUAUAUAUGCUCAACCGCAUUAUUAGACUACAGGCGGUAGUUGAGAUUAUUACUAAUGAGACAGCUCAAGUGCUUAAUCUUCUAGCUAAGCAAAAUACCAAGAUGUGAUCAGCCAUAUACCAGAAUAGGCUAGCCCUUGAUUACUUACUAGCAGUAGAAGGAGGUGUAUGCGGAAAGUUUAAUCUAAGUAACUGUUGUCUGUACAUAGAUGAUGAAGGGCAGGCAGUGGCUGAACUUACAAGCCACAUGGUUAAAUUUGUGCAUGUACCUACUAAGGUCUGGAAUGGGUAUAACCUAAGUAGUUGGUUUGGAAGUUGGUAUGAGCAGCUUGGAGGAAUUAAGACAUUAGUAGGAGGAGUAGAAUUUAUUAUAUUUUUUUGUGCCUCCUCCUGCCCUGUCUAAUUCCACUAGUGGUAAGGUCCCUACGUAGCAUUAUAGAGAGUACUAUAGAGAGAAAGACAGCGGCUCAUGUAAUGGCUGUCUAUAGAUAUGAUCCCCUAGUCCAAAGAGAAUAUAUUCAGGAUGAGGAAUGUUGAAGGAGUUUUUAAGAUGCUUACAAGGUCUACUCUGGUUCAAUGGCUACUUGAGAGAUGUAGGUAAAACUGUGAUUGGUGAUGCAUCUGGAAUAAUGUUAUAUCAGAGGCAUCAAAAGGGGGGAAUGUGAUGGGAUUCCAGCAUGGUUAAAAUUUAGUAGGCCAAAAUCUCCAUGUGGCAUAUGUGUAUGUUGUGUCAGUUGGUUAGCUACAUGUAGCUAGGAUACUGUCAUCAGUGUACUGAGCAUGUGCAGGAAUGCAGGAACUGAAAUUGCACUUAUUUCCUUUGUCUUGGAUGAGCCAUGUGGUUUGACUAGAUGUACAAGUCUAUAUUCUGCUCAUUGAUUGGUUAAAGGUAUAUGUGGGUGUAGCUAUUAAUGGGAGGAGUUAUGUGCCUAUAUAGGGAGCCUGCACUAUUGAUCAGGGCUCAGAACUUGCUGUAUUUUUGGUGACAUUAGUCCCUCUGAGUCCCGAUCGGUGAUCCAAUAAAGAAUCUCCUCCUUCCUGAAGAAACCUGUGUCCAUCUCUCUGUGCUUUGCUUCCGUCAGUUUCUCCGGUAUCAGUAGGAUAUCCGUUUGAUGUUAAUACACAGUAGAGUGGCGAUAAGGCAAAUCAUAGCAGGACUGCGAUGAAGUAGACCAUGUGGAAUGACAAGAAGAAACCAAUAGUGCUCUCUAUAUAGGUAAGUAUUUAUAAAAUAAAAUAUAGUUACAAUAAAAUGAGCAGAUUAACCGCUCUAUGUAUCAAACGUGGUGGGUAUAAUCCCCACAUAGGAUUCUUUAAUGGUAGUCCGCAGGGAACUCAAUCCAGAUGUCAGGUGGAAAUAAGACUCUAUAAAUAAAUGCUAUAAAGUAUAUGGCUUACAGCAGAUAAUAAGUUAGCCAAAAAUACUAUUAGAAAAGAAAUAAGAUAAAAACCACAACGCGUUUCUCCCUUUAGGGCUUUUUCAAGUGGAUAAAACCUGGCAAUGUUUAUAUAGGCUUCAAAACACUUCAAUUUAGAAAAUUGGUGCCAAAAUUACUUUGUCACGUGACCGCACUUGUUAUCACGUGACUCUGACUGGAGAUACAAAACAUUAAAUUAUACAAUAUAUCUAACACUAUUUGUAUGGUAAAAUCAUAAACAACAAAAACGAGUGCUUAAAAGAAAGGUGCCAGAGCAUAUAACUCGCGCUUGCAGGACUUCUCGCAGGCGGCUCCCUUCUUUUGGAACAGCCUGCCUACCCCCAUCAGACUCUCCCCUAGUCUUCAACUAUUUAAGAAGUCCCUCAAAACACAUCUGUUCAGAAAUGCUUGUAUGGACUCCCAGAGUAACUUUCCUAUACUUAUCCAAAUCUGUCUCUCGCUCUCCUAAAAGAGCCAUACUCCACUCUCACCUCCAGCUCUGCUACUUUUCCACCUUGUUUGGUGGCUGUCACCCUUGCUGCCCUAUUGUGUAUGUGUACCCCACCCAGGGGCGGACUGACCACUCAUGGACCGAGGGCCCGAGGCAGUCAGGGGCCCGGCCGCACAGCCUUGCUCCAGCUGGAGAGAUCAGAGAUCUCUCCAACUGGAACGGUAAAAAAAAAAUUUAAAAAAAUUUCCUUCAAUGGGUUGCUGGGGCCCCGAUGCAGCGCGGGGCCCCAGCAACCACCACCCCCCCUCCCUCCCAUGAGACCUGGCAGCUUCUCCAGCUCUCUGCCAGGUCUCCUUCUCCCUGUCCCGCACGGUGCUCUGUGUGAUGGGAGAGGCGGGGCCAGGAAGUGACAUCACUUCCUGUGUACUCCUCUCACACACAGAGCCCGAUCAGAGGGGAAGGAGCAACAGCCGGGAGACCAGAAGGAGCAGAGAGACAGGUAGGCUCAAGUCACCCUCCCCUCCUGCUGUCACUAAUCACCCCUCCCCCACUGUCACCCCACUGUGUCACUAAUCACCCCCCCUUCACUUUGACACUAAUCACCCCUGUCACUAAUCACCCCCCCACUGUCACUAAUCACCCCACUUCCCCCCACCCAAUAAGGUCACCCCCACUGUCACUAAUCACCCCCUUCACUGUCACUAAUCACCCCCCCCUUCCUCCUGUCACUCAUCCACCCCCCUCCUCACUGUCACUAAUCACCCCCCCCAUCCUCACUUGUCACUAAUCACCCCCCCCCAUCCUCCCUUUGUCACUAAUCACCCCAGCCUCCUGUCACUAUCACCCCCUCCUCACUGUCACUAAUCACCCCAUCCUCACUGUCACUAAUCACCCCCCAUCCUCCCACUGUCACUAAUCACCCCCCACUGUCACUAAUCACCCUCCCACUGUCACUAGUCACCUCCCCUCACUGUCACUAGUCACCCCCACUGUCACUAAUCACCCCCCACUGUCACUAGUCACCCCCCCACUGUCACUAAUCACCCCCCACUGUCACUAGUCACCCCCCCCACUGUCACUAGUCACCUCCCCCCACUGUCACUAGUCACCCCCCCACUGUCACUAGUCACCCCCCCGUGUCACUAGUCACCCCCACUGUCACUAAUCACCCCCUUCACUGUCACUAAUCACCCCUUCACUGUCACUAAUCACCCCCCUCCUCACUGUCACUAAUCACCCCCUUCACUGUCACUAAUCACCCCCAAGCCCUCACUAUCACUAAUCACCCCCAUCCCCUCUGUCACUAAUCCCCACCCCCUCACUCUGUCACUAAUCACCCCCCACUGUGUGUCACUACUAACCCCCUCCUCACUCUGUCACUAGUCACCCCUUCCCUCUGUCACUAGUCACCCACUCCCUCCUCGUCACUGGUCACCCCUCCCUCCCUCUGUCACCAGUCAUCCCCUCACUCUGUCACUAGUAACCACUUCCUUCCCUCACUCUGCCUCUAGUCACCCUUUCCCUCACUCUGUCACCUGUCACCCCCUCACUCUGUCACUAGUCACCCCCUCACUCUAGUGACAGAGUGAGGGAGGGUGUGACUAGUGACAGAGAGGGAGGGUGUGAUUAGUGACAGUGAGGGAGGGUGUGAUUAGUGACAGAGUGAGAGAGGGUGUGACUAGUGACAGAGAGAGGGUGGGGGUGACUAGUGACAGAGAGAGGGAGGGGGUGACUAGUGACAGAGUGAGGGAGGGAAGGGGUGACUAGUGACAGAGUGAGGGAGGUGGUGAUUAGUGACAGAGGGAGGGAUGGGGUGACUAGUGACAGUCACCACCCCCUUCACUCUGUCACUGUGUCACCCCCUUCCUCACUGUGUCACCCCCUUCCUCACUCUUUCACUGUGUCACCCCCUUCCUCACUCUCACUAGUCACCCACUCCCUCCCUCACUCUGUCACUAGUCACCCCCUCUCUCACUCUGUCACCAGUCAUCCUUCCUUCCCUCACUCUGCCACUAGUCAUCCCCUCACUCUGUCACCAGUCACCCCUUCCUUCCUUCACAGUGACAGAGUUAGGGAGGGAGUGACUAGUGACAGAGAGAGGGAUGGGGUGACUAGUGACAGAGUGAGGAAGGGGGUGACUAGGGACAGAGGGGGUGAUUAGUGACAGAGUGAGUGAGGGGGUGACUAGUGACAGAGUGAGGGAGGGGGUGACACAGUGACAGAGUUAGGGAGGGAGUGACUAAUGACAGAGAGAGGGAUGGGGUGACUAGUGACAGUCACCCCCUCCCUCCCUCUGUCAUUAGUAACUCCCUCCCUCUGUCACUAGUCAUUCCCUCCCUCUGUCACCAGUCAUCCCCUCCCUCUGUCACCAGUCAUCCCCUCACUCUGUCACCAGUCAUCCCCUCACUCUGUCACUAGUCACCUAUUCCCUCCCUCACUUUGCCACUAGUCAUCUCUUCCCUCCCUCCCCCACUCUGCCACUAGUCACCCAUUCCCUAACUCUGUCACUAGUCACCCCCUCUCCCUCUGUCACUAGUCACCCACUCCCUCACUCUGUCACCAGUCACCCCCACUCACUGUGUCUCCCCCUUACUCUGCCACCACUCAACCCCUCCUUCCCUCACUCUGCCACCAGGUACCCCCUCACUCUGCCACCUGUCACAACCUCCCACACUCUUCCACCUGUCACCUUCUUCCUCAUACACUCUGUCACCUGUCACAUAUGCAUUCACACAGACACUAUAUACAAAAAAGCACAUGUAGUCAUCCAGACAUGCACAAGUGCAUUCACACAGACUCAAAUACAAACAUGCAUUGAUACACAGGUCUUCGCAAUAUACACAUCCAAAGGAAUGCCGUUUUAUGAGUUAUAUUUAACAUUUAUUUAAUGCACAUAUAUUUGGCCUUCAAAGGGCCUGGGAUUUAAUUUUGCCCGGGGGCCCCAAAGGCUCUCAGUCCGCCCCUGACCCCACCUCCUCUACACUGUAAGCUCGUUUGAGCAAGGCCCUCAUCUACCUAUUGUUCCUGUGUCACUGUGUAAUUGUCUCAUUUAUUGUAAAUUUCCCCCUUUCAUAAUAUUGUAAAGUGCUGCGGAAUUAGUUGGCGCUAUAUAAAUACCAAUAAUAAUAAUACAAAGUGUAGAAGGUGUGGCUUGUAUAUCACGGCAUUAAGGCGCAAUGCAUUUUGGGGUAUGAAGUUCAUAUUGGCCGACCAGUCAUCCCUUCCUUCCCUCACUCUGCCACUAGUCAUCCCUUCCCUCACUCUGUCACCAGUCAUCCCCUCACUCUGUCACCAGUCACCCCUUCCUUCACAGUGACAGAGUUAGGGAGGGAGAGACUAGUGACAGAGAGAGGGAUGGGGUGACUAGUGACAGAGAGAGGGAUGGGGUGACUAGGGACAGAGGGGGUGAUUAGUGACAGAGUGAGUGAGGGGGUGAUUAGUGACAGAGUGAGUGAGGGGGUGACUAGUGACAGAGUGAGGGAGCGGGUGACACAGUGACAGAGUUAGGGAGGGAGUGACUAGUGACAGAGAGAGGGAUGGGGUGACUAGUGACAGUCACUCCCUCCCUCACUCUGUCACUAGUCACUACCUCCCUCUGUCACUAGUCACUACCUCCCUCUGUCACUAGUCACUCCCUCACUCUGUCACCAGUCAUCCCCUCACUCUGUCACCAGUCAUCCCCUCACUCUGUCACCAGUCAUCCCCUCACUCUGUCACUAGUCACCUCUUCCCUCCCUCACUUUGCCACUAGUCAUCUCUUUCCUCCCUCACUCUGCCACUAGUCACCCAUUCCCUCACUCUGUCACUAGUCACCCACUCCCUCACUCUGUUACCAGUCACCCCCACUCACUGUGUCUCCCCCUCACUCUGCCACCACUCAACCCCUCCCUCCCUCACUCUGCCACCAGGUACCCCCUCACUCUGCCACCUGUCACAACCUCCCACACUCUUCCACCUGUCACCUUCUCCCUCAAACACUCUGUCACCUGUCACAUAUGCAUUCACACAGACACUAUAUACAAAAAAGCACAUGUAGUCAUCCAGACAUGCACAAGUGCAUUCACACAGACUCAAAUACAAACAUGCAUUGCAAUAUACACAUCCAAAGGAAUGCCGUUUUAUGAGUUAUAUUUAACAUUUAUUUAAUGCACAUAUAUUUGGCCUUCAAAGGGCCUGGGAUUUAAUUUUGCCCGGGGGCCCCAAAGGCUCUCAGUCCUGACCCCACCUCCUCUACACUGUAAGCUCGUUUGAGCAAGGCCCUCAUCUACCUAUUGUUCCUGUGUCACUGUGUAAUUGUCUAAUUUAUUGUAAAUUUCCCCCUUUCAUAAUAUUGUAAAGUGCUGCGGAAUUAGUUGGCGCUAUAUAAAUACCAAUAAUAAUAAUACAAAGUGUAGAAGGUGUGGCUUGUAUAUCACGGCAUUAAGGCGCAGUGCAUUUUGGGGUAUGAAGUUCAUAUUGGCCGAUCGCGUUAUAGCGAUGGCCGAGCACAUAACUAUGUUAUUGAGGAAUUAUGGGUUAUGUAGUUCAGAAUAAUGCUCGAUCAGACCCUAAAGGGGAAAGGAAAGGACCGGACAUGUGAUUCGCCCAGGGGAGGAGCCGAGACACGAUCAGGACGUAGAGUGGGACGAGGCAUGGGAAAAGCAAAGAGUAUGCCUCUCCAAUAAUAGAGACAUCAAAAGGGGCGUGCUGUAAAAGUUAGCGUGAUCAAGAGGUCACAUAUGGCAGCAAUCUUGUGAGGGUACUAGAUAGCUAUAAACAGCUAUGUGGCCAUAUUGGGAGGGGAAUACGUGAAAUAGAAAAGUGAACUAUGAACAAUGGGAUAAUGCUGGGGAAGAGUACCUUUCACAAUAGCUGAUUUUAAUAAUUAUUAUUAAAAACAUCUAUUAUUGUUAAUAAAACACAAUUUUAAAAAGUUAUGUGAGUAUAGAGUGCAGGGUAAUUUGUUCCUUGUGUGUGUCAGUGUCCUCUGUGUGUAACUAUAUUGUGUCUAUUAAAUUUUUAUUUUGUGACUUUUAUUCACAUUAAUAGUUCAUACAUUCUUCCUUACAUACAAUAUUCACAUUAUGUCAUAUUUAUUUUAAAAAUAUUCCUUAUUACCUUUAAUCAGGCUUGUUGUCCAAAAUGGGAUUUAUUUAAAUAUCAGUAUCUACACAUUUCAUUUGGAAUUUAAAAUCAAUAGAAAUUACUUUCUCAAGACAGGGAUACUUAUGAAAUUUCUUUAGAUCUGCAGGGGUACUCUCCAUAAAGGUUGAGAAACACUGUCCUAAUGCAUGAUCAAAAUGUAAAAGGAUCACUAUAGUGUCAGGAAAACAAAGCAGUUUUCCUGACACUAUAGUGCCCAGAGGGUGCCCCCACCCUCAGGGUCCCCCUCCCGUUGUGCUGAAGGGGUAAAAAACCCCUUCAGCAGCUUACCUUAUUCCAGCACAGGGCUCCCUUGGCGCUGGUGACCUCUCCUCCCCCGCCGACGUCAACGGAGCCAUCCGACGUCACUGGAUCAGAAGACAGCCACUAGAGGAUAAACCCCAAAUGUAAACAUAGCAGUUUCACUGAAACUACUAUGUUUGCAUCUGAAGGGUUAAAACCUGAGGGACCUGGCACCCAGACCACUUCAUUGAGUUGAAGUGGUCUGGGUGACAAUAGUGUCCCUUUAAUGUUUUCAGAAUCAACUGAAUUUAUCAGUACCAUUCGCAAAACUUGUAUUGUGACUGGGACGUGAUGUCCUGGAAGAGCAAGGGCUCUUGCAGGGCUCGAGUCCUGCAGGGACGCAUGGAAACGAUGUUCUUGCACUUUUUCCAAAGCAGGAAUGCCGUUCCCGCUAGUAGUCCUGCAGGACCUGCCCUGCUACCUGCACACAGGAGCCUAGCACACUCUGUGUUCCCUCUCCAGCUGCAGCACACAUUCGCGAGACCCGCGCCUGUCAGAGCGUUGUCACAGGUUACCAUGGCAACGCUCCACACAGCGCGCAGGCGAGUCUUGCAAGAGUUAGAGCUGGAGAGGGAACACAGCCUUACUGGAUAUACAACCCUAGUUUAAUUUUAAAAACAAGGGAAACCACUAAGAAAAGGAAUAAACUGUGGAAACAACCACAAACCCCGACACUAGGGCAAUGGUACAAACUAAUGGAGGAGAUCUACUCAGCAGAAGCUAUUAGGGCAUCAGUAACGGGACAGAGUGACAAGCAUGUCGAGCUGUAGAGACCAUGGAUAGAUACAUUUAGUAUGAAGGGAAGUCACCAAGCUUUACAGUACUUUCCCUGUAGAAGAAAGCUAGGGCACUAACCCUACACAGAACAUUAACGAACCACUGUUGAACGGAACCCCCAACUCCUUUAGCCUCAAUGCUAAUCCCUUAACAACCAACAAGGGCCUAUAUUGCCUAGCACAUCACACACGACCCCACUAUACCGGACAAAAGGUACCCAUCACACACACACAUAUCACCCAUAGCUGUGUAAGGGUCGAGGGCCUGUGGGCGUCCUUCUGCUCAAUUCUACACCUAAUGCCUGACAAGUGACCUGUGAGCCUCUGCACUGUACCUUAGCCACGAGACCUACGAGUCUAAGUUAAGUAAAUACGGUGGAAGCUGCCAUUAGUACUAGUUCAUGAUGAGCUAACAUAACCUUGUAUGUUAAGUUAGUAAUAUAUAUAUAUAAAUAAUAUAUUAUGGGACCUGCAAGUCCACCAAGUAAAUGUUAACCGCUAAAUGUGGAGACCUGUGCGUCUCCGACAAAUAUCAAUGAUACCGGAAAUUUUCUUGCCAACUCGAUGCAUUAUACAACUGGUGGGACCUGCGCGUCCAUACUAUGACUUUAAUAUACAGUUUAAACUUUCAAUGCUAACCACAAAAAAAUCUAAUAAGAUAUUUACAACAAAUAAAAAAAGAGAAGGGAAAAAAAUAUAUAAAGAAACUGAAUAUCCUAUCCUAUGAACUGCUAUUUCUGAAGUUACAUUGGCAGCGAUCAGCAUGUUUCUCAGAUUACUAAUCAAUAAUUGUCCUUCCAAGGAAACAGUCAGUGGCCUGUAAAUUCAACUUCUCUUAUUAGUAUUCAUAUCUAAAAAAAUACAAGAUACACCUAGAAAAAAUAAAACCAGAGAACAUACAUAGUGUAACACUAUUUAGUAGAAUAAUCACUGCUGUAUGAAUUGCACUCACAAGAUAGAAGUGAAUUUCAAGCCCAUCAAAUUCUCUUAGGGAUUCUGGUUGAAUGGUUCCUUAUUGGUCAGAUGUAUACGCAAAAGAAAAACUGAACAUAGUAUAGUAAAAAAUGUGAUUUAUUGGAAACACUUACAAAAAGUAAGAAGUUAAAACGCCCAUCAGAUAACCUGGUCACUCCUUCCAGAUGGUAAAAUAGGAACAAUGGGUCACAGGAAUCACAGGCUAUAAGAAUAGUAAAUAGCUCUAGCUCUACGCGUUUCGUCUAUAACAAUAGACUUCCUCAGGAGCAAUUUAAUAAAAGGCUAACACAUCUAACAAUCAAUACAAAUAGAGUGCAAUAAAAGUCCCAUAAGUUCUUGCUUCUUUUAAAUGUCCCUCUCGACGUUUUCGGCUUGCAUCAGCCAAUCCCGGCGUUUGGAAUCACCUGUUCUGUAUGCUUGAAAGUUCAUAUCCAUAUAAGGACUUCCGCCGGACGUCCGUGGAACGCAUAUGCGUUCCACCAAACCGGAAGGUUCAUCUCCCUCUCGAUACGUCAUCACACGGCGGCUGGAACGCACAUGCGUUCCACCCGAUCGGCAUACAUCAGGGAACGUAAUAUAAGGAAAAAAAGAAGACACACUUAAAUACAAAUCAAUAAAAAAGGCUAUAGCUCUAUAAACAGCUACACCAAUACCAAAAAAGUGAUAAUAAAAAAGAGUGAUAUUAAUACUCAAAAAUAAUAAUAAAAGUAACAUAUAAGUAUGAGAAUAAUAAUAAUAAAAUAGAAUAAAUAAAUAAAUAAGAAUAAUAAAAUCAAAGAAAACAAUUCAAAUCAAAGUCUACGUUCAGUCCAUGCGGUUGAAGUGUUUUCAAUUUAUGGAUCCAGAAUCCCUCUCUUUGUCUCAAUUUCAUGGUUAUAUCACCUUCCCUUGCAUCAAGGGAGACCUGUUCUAGUAUUCAUAUCUCCCAACAUUGAGAGGUAGGUCAUUGGAACUGGUGGGUGGUUUAGGACCAGUGGAACACUGAAUUGGACAAACAUCAUCGUUUCAGCAGAUAUGGUGCCGCUGCACAGGAGACAAAGACCUGGCACUAGUUUAAUGUUAAGUUUCAGCGUGUUUAUUUUUUCUUUAUCUUUAAUGGGGAGCAACCAGGGGCAUGCUAUAGUGCUUAUGGUGAUUAAAAACUUGACAUACAAUGGUUUUGCAAAAAUGAAGCACCUUUAUUUACUGCAGUUAUGGUGGGAAAUUGGAACUAAGUUGAAGAAAAAAAAAAAGUCCAUAUACUCAAAUUCCAUUUAACCCAUUAUAUUCUGUUAUAAAAAAACAGCAUAACAGUCAAUUUAUAAUCCUUCUCAUUGUCAUUAUGAUCUCUUAAUACACAGGGAAUAACAAAAUAAAUAAAAUAAUAAUUCUGCUUUUACAGAAUUCUUUUGCUCCAGAGCUGUUAACUCAGAUCUAAUAGUUGCACUUUUUUGCUAGCUAUUGUCACAAUAAGUAACACUCUGUGUGCAGUUUUUACUCUUGCCAUUUCCUCCUUGUGCUAAGCCACUGCCCACUGUGAUCUCUGAUUUCAGGCCCAUCCUUUGCUUUCUAAACUAGGAAACGAAACUGAUAUGAGAAAGGGUCUUAGCCAUUUCUUCCCAACUCUGCAGAAGUGGGGGCGGUGAGCUAUGUGAAGGUAAGUGUGAGAGGGAUGUUAAAUGGAAGCAAUAUUGUUUACAUAAUUCCAUUUUUAAAAAUGCAUUAUAGGAAACACAUGCAUUAAAAAUGAGUGCAAAAAAUAAAAAGAAAGCCAGUUGCUGUGAAUCUUCCCUCCAGAUGCAUUGUUUAGUGGGUCUGACUGCAGCUACAGACACACUCCUCAAUAACCAGGGAGAGACUCUUCAAUCACGAGCUCUGAUUUAGAUUUUUGGGGUCUAUUCUUAUUGGGGCACUCCCACUGAUAAGAUACGUGCAGCUUGUAUGUAAACUGGUAUCAGCUAAAAUGGUUUACAGUGAUUGUUUAAUGUUACAUAGUUGACAUAACAGGAAAAUGUUCUUCUCCCAUAGAAAAGACAAAAGGUCUUGUGUUGUUAAAGGGGAGAAUUCUCGCACUCUGUCCCUGUAUUACAUAGCCCAAAUGUUGUCCUUAAUAUAUAUAUAUAUCACAUUGUUAUUUAAUAUCGGUAUGUGUGCAUGCUCUUCACAUUGGAGCUCUGUGACAGGUGGUGGAGGGAUUAACCUGCUAGAUCCUUGUUUUCAGAAUAUGUUGCUAUGCAGGUACAUUAUUAUGGAAAGCUAUAUCAGGGAUUAUUUCACAAACUCUCUGCAGUAUGCAGAGCAAUUGUCACACCCAACGUUGCUAUGAAACGUUAGACCUUCCAGGUAUAUUUAGAUAUUUAUUGGGUGUGGACUUGCUGUGUCAUUCCAUGUCUACAAUACAGCAUCAUGAUCUGACACAAACAUCAGCAUCUAAACAUUUUUAAUUUGGCUCCUAAAAUUCUGUAACUGACUUCUGUACUAUAGUGAUGGCAUUGCCCUGCAUGUGUGUAUAUUUAUAUUCUUUUAUUUAUUUAUUUUAAUUGGAGAAUUUUUAUAGCUAGUUUGGUGUAAAAUUUUGAAUUAUCUUUGAAUUCCUGGUAAGUCCCAGUUUAAUGAAGAUCCCUGCAUAUAUGUGGUGGAUGUGUCCCCAAUGGUCAGAGAAAAAGCAGUGUUUACAUUGCUGCCUAGGGACACCGCCAGUGGCAGUCACUCAGAUGGCUCCUAGAGGUGCUUCCUGGGUCAGUGCUGCUGAUGUUUAACGUCUCCACGCUUUGCAUGGAGACACUAAACUUUCCCAAUACAGAUGCAUUGAUUCAAUGCAUCUCUAGAGGAGAUGCUGAUUGGCUAGGGCUGUGUUUAGCUCUGCCACUGCCCCUGCCCCCUUAUUGAGAAUAAAUGUAUGAUUUUCCUUUAUUUAAGACUAGUGUUUUUUACUAAAGGAUUAGGAAUACACAUUUGUGUUCCUGACCCUAUAAUGUUCCAGUAAUGAAACAGUUUUGAUGUACAGAUCAUGCCCCUGCUGUCUCAAUGCUCAAUUCUCUUCAGUUUAUCAGUUGUAUCACUUUGUUUAUGCAUCUCUAGUCACACUUCCCUGCAUGUGACUUGCCCAGCCUUCCUAAACACUUCCUGUAAAGUGUCAUCUAAUGUUUAUACUUCCUUUAUUACAAAUUCUGUUUAAUUUACAACUUCUUAUCUCCUGCUCUGUUAAUAGCCUUGUAGAGCAUGCAUGAGCUUCCUGUGUGUAAUUAAAGUUUAAUUUACAGAGCAGAAGAUAAAAAUGUCUAAAGUAAGUUACAUCUGAUUGACAAUGAAACAGUUGUGUUUUCAUGCAAAAGAAACAAAUUUAAACACCACAAUAUCAGUAGUGUAAAUUAAUUAGCUUCAAUUAAUGUGCAGCCUCCCGAGAUCGUUAUCCACAACAAACGACCUUUACAAAGUACAGACAACCACAAACAGAAUCGGGUUAAGGCUGUAUAAUCUAUAAAGAGAACAUAUGAAAACAAAAUAGUGUAAUACAGUAUGCACAAUAGAUCUUGCGCCGUUAAUAAAUGCACUCACGAGAUAGCGUAGAAAUAAGCGCUCACAAGGUGCCUCCCCUGAUGAUGUGGGAGCUAGUAGUUCCCUUGUCACUGUGAGAUAGCCAAUGGUACACGGGACUCCAGGUAGAUGGUCAAAAUCAAAUUAUAUUAUUUAUUUAAAAGGUGAAAAACACCAUAAGUAUAAAAAAUAAGUGCAGCGAUAGGUCCAACGCGUUUCGUUCUGGUAGGAACUUCUUCAGGGACCGCAAUAAUGAUAAAAUCAAAUACCAUAUAAUAAAUUGUUAAAUAACACAAAUUGUAAAAUAACACAAUUAUUAUAAGGGCAUAUUCGGGGGCUAAUUAGCCCAAAGACCCACCAGGGUGCAUCUCUCUGACACCGGACCCCCUAAGCGACUUAGCUUCACAGUUGCCGACCUAAUCGACGGGACAUGUUAGACAUGGCAAAACGCAAUAAUAAUUAAGCAAGGUAGCAUUGCAAUCUCACUGUUGUUGUUCAAUGUGCAUGUUAAUACAAUAUUUAAGCAUGACAUAUGUUUAAGCAUGAAAAGGGAUGAAAGAGUGUAAAAAUAUCUUCUAGUUAGAAGCUACGAGGAAGGCAUAUAUCUUAUAAACAGAUUAAUUAUAAGCCUACUUAAUAUUGAUCUGGUUUACUGCUUAGGUGAACUCUGCUCUUGCAGCUGUUCUAUGAGGGCCCCCUCCCCCAAGAUCAGUACUAGUUCCAAUAUUCCAAUAUAGUUGAAAGCACAAGGUAAAUCAAGUAAUGUAAAUGGAGGAUAGUGUGUAUAUAACUGAGGGUGCCCAAAAGGUAGAUCCUCAGAUGUUUUAAAUCUAUGUCAUUUUAAAGGUAUGCUAAAGGAAUGCAAAGCAUCAUGGGGUUUACCUUUUGGGCAGCCCUGGUAUAGAGGAUACCUCUGGUUGUAAAUAGUCAUCCCAAUCUGCUAAUGUAAAGUAUAACAGCUACAGUGCAUGACUAAAUACCUUGGAUGUUAAAGGAACACUAUAGGGUCAGGAACAUAAACAUGUAUUCCUGACCCUAUUUUAAACACACCAUUUAGAUGGCUUGUCCCCCCAACAUCUUUAGAAGGGGUUAAAACAUACCUUAAUUCCAGAGCUGCGCGGGUCUGCUGGCACUGGCCCCACCCUCGAUCCGCCUCCUGUGUAAACAUCAGAAUUGUUCAUUCUUAACCAAUGCAAUGCUUUCCCCAGAUAGCAUUGGAUUGGCUAAAAUCGGCAUGGGAGUGGGGCCAAACGCUAUUUUGGCCAAUCAGCACCUUUCUUAUAGAAAUGCAUUGAAAAUUCAGGGACCCCAUGCAGAGCGUGGAGACCCUGAACGAAAGUGCUGCCUACUGUAUAGCACUGAGCUAGGAAGCACUUCCAGUGGCCAUCUGAGGAUUGGCACUUGGAGGUGUCCCUAGGGGGGAAUGUAAACACUGACUUUUUUUCUGAAAAGGCAGUGUUUGCAUGAAAAUGCCUGAAGGCAAUGAUUAUACUCACCAGAACAAAUACAUUAAGCUGUAGUUGUUCUGGUGACUAUAGUGUCCCUUUAAUGCGCCCUACUAAGUACUGGGGUUAUAAACUAUGUACUGGGGUUAUAAACAGUCUCCCUCUGUAAUUUAUAUACUUCUUAUCUGCAAGAUGUAAUACCUCAUCUACAAAGACAGCAUUAGCCUAGUAGAUACUUUAAUAAAAGGCUUGCUAUGUUAAUCAAUAUGUCCGCCACCAGUAAGACUGUUAUGUAUUAAAUUAGUAGAACAAAAAUACAGGUAGCGCCAAGGAAAAUAACACACUAGACAAAAAUACACAUAACUCUGUUACAACCAAUAAAACACACUAAAAAAUGAAAUAAAAAGAGUCCACAGUAAAGUCCAGAAUUGAAAAGAAUAUAAAAAUACCAAAUGAUAGGGCACAGUCUUAGAGGUAACAACCCAUCUUCUAGGUCUUGUACGGUGCUUUUUGGGCAACUUCCAUUAGUAACAGAAAAGACAAGCGAGGACCAAUAGUGCAAUAUGGUAGUGGAGUAUACUUAAAGUUGUCAACUCACAUUUGAUGGAGCUAUAACCGACUCUAUGUAAAAAAUGUAGUGGUUUUUAAUCCCUACUUGUAGGAUAUCCGGCAAAUCAUAGCAGGACUGCGAUGAAGUAGACCAUGUGGAAUGACAAGAAGAAACCAAUAGUGCUCUCUAUAUAGGUAAGUAUUUAUAAAAUAAAAUAGUUACAAUAAAAUGAGCAGAUUAACCGCUCUAUGUAUCAAACAUGGUGGGUAUAAUCCCCACAUAGGAUUCUUUAAUGGUAGUCCGCAGGGAACUCAAUCCAGAUGUCAGGUGGAAAUAAGACUAUAAAUAAAUGCUAAAAAGUAUAUGGCUUACAGCAGAUAAUAAGGUAGCCAAAAAUACUAUUAGAAAAGAAAUAAGAUAAAAACCACAACGCGUUUCUCCCUUUAGGGCUUUUUCAAGUGGAUAAAACCUGGCAAUAUGUUUAUAUAGGCUUCAAAACACUUCAGUUUAGAAAAUUGGUGCCAAAAUUACUUUGUCACGUGACCGCACUUGUUAUCACGUGACUCUGACUGGAGAUACAAAACAUUAAAUUAUACAAUAUAUCUAACACUAUUUGUAUGGUAAAAUCAUAAACAACAAAAACGAGUGCUUAAAAGAAAGGUGCCAGAGCAUAUAACUCGCGCUUGCAGGACUUCUCGCAGGCGGCUCCCUUCUUUUGGAACAGCCUGCCUACCCCCAUCAGACUCUCCCCUAGUCUUCAACUAUUUAAGAAGUCCCUCAAAACACAUCUGUUCAGAAAUGCUUGUAUGGACUCCCAGAGUAACUUUCCUAUACUUAUCCAAAUCUGUCUCUCGCUCUCCUAAAAGAGCCAUACUCCACUCUCACCUCCAGCUCUGCUACUUUUCCACCUUGUUGGGUGGCGAUCACCCUUGCUGCCCUGUUGUGUAUUUGUACCCCAUCUCCUCUAGACUGUAAGCUCGUUUGAGCAGGGCCCUCAUCUACCUAUUGUUCCUGUGUCGCUGUGUAAUUGUCUAAUUUAUUGUAAAUUUCCCCCUUUCAUAAUAUUGUAAAGCGCUGCAGAAUUAGUUGGCGCUAUAUAUAUACCAAUAAUAAUAAUAUAAAGUGUAGGAGGUGUGGCUUGUAUAUCACGGCAUUAAGGCGCAAUGCAUUUUGGGGUAUGAAGUUCAUAUUGGCCGAUCGCGUUAUAGCGAUGGCCGAGCACAUAACUAUGUUAUUGAGGAAUUAUGGGUUAUGUAGUCCGGUGCCCAAGACAACAUAAUGCUCGAUCAGACCCUAAAGGGGAAAGAAAAGGGCCGGACAUGUGAUUUGCCCAAGGGAGGAGCGGAGACACGACUGGGACGUAGAGUGGGCCGAGGCAUGGGAAAAGCAAAGAGUAUGCCUCUCCAAUAAUAGAGACAUCAAAAGAGGCGUGCUGUAAAAGUUAGCGUGAUCAAGAGGUCACAUAUGGCAGCCAUCUUGGGAGGGUACUAGAUAGCUAUAAACAGCUAUGUGGCCAUAUUGGGAGGGGAAUAAGUGAAAUAGAAAAGUGAACUAUGAACAAUGGGAUAAUGCUGGGGAAGAGUACCUUUCACAAUAGCUGAUUUUAAUAAUUAUUAUCAAAAACAUCUAUUAUUGUUAAUAAAACACAAUUAAAAAAAAAGUUAUGUGAGCAUAGAGUGCAGGGUAAUUUGUUCCUUGUGUGUGUCAGUGUCCUCUGUGUGUAACUAUAUUGUGUCUAUUAAAUUUUUAUUUUGUGACUUUUAUUCACAUUAAUAGUUCGUACAUUCUUCCUUACAUACAAUAUUCACAUUAUGUCAUUUAUUUUAAAAAUAUUCCUUAUUACCUUUAAUCAGGCUUGCUGUCCAAAAUGGGAUUUAUUUAAAUAUCAGUAUCUACACAUUUCAUUUGGAAUUUAAAAUCAAUAGAAAUUACUUUCUCAAGACAGGGAUACUUAUGAAAUGUAUUUAGAUCUGCAGGGGUACUCUCCAUAAAGGUUGAGAAACACUGUCCUAAUGCAUGAUCUAAAUGUAAAAGGAUCACUAUAGUGUCAGGAAAACAAAGCGGUUUUCCUGACACUAUAGUGCCCUGAGGGUGCCCCCACCCUCAGGGUCCCCCUCCCGUGGUGCUGAAGGGGUAAAAAAAAACCUUCAGCAGCUUACCUUAUUCCAGCGCAGGGCUCCCUCGGCGCUGGUGACCUCUCCUCCCCCGCCGACGUCAACGGAGCCAUCCGACGUCACUGGAUCGGAAGACAGCCACUAGAGGCUGGAUAAACCCCAAAUGUAAACAUAGCAGUUUCCCAUCCAGCACACAGUGAGGGGGGGGGAAGGGAGAGAUGGUGGCGGGGAGGGGAGAGAGGAGAGGGGGUAGAAGGGAGAGGGGGAAGAAGUGGAGGGGGGAGGGAAUCUUGGGUGAGUUUUUUCCCCCAGGACUUGACUCCUGGGCUCUUGACAAUUGUCUUUUGGAUGAUUGAAAAUAAGGGAUUUUUUUGAAAUUGCUGUGUGGGUGCUGGAACAUCAGUUUACUGAAAAAAAUGAAGGGGCUGUAGAGUGCUUUAACACAGAGGCUUUUUAUGGUGUGCCGGAAGAUUUCAGGAGUUUUUGAUUUUUGGAUGAUGGGUGCUGGAAGAAAUCAGGUGCAUAAAUCUUAAAGUUUUCUUUUUUUUGUAAUUGCAUUAAAGUGUAUUGAAACAUAAAGGGAAUCUUGGUAACUGGUAAAAUAUGCUUGAAAAACAGAAUGGGGGGGGUAUCUGACUGGAGGGUGACUCAUGAUAUCUAUUAAAUGAAGUAAAGUUUUCGACUUUCAUUUUAGCACUUUUUUAAACACAUUUUAACACUUGUUUUGUUCCUAGAUUCUGCGCCAGAAGAACCAACAAAUUUGGAGCGAUGGCAAUGGGUAAGUUGUUUGACUAUAUGCAAAGUACAUAACACAGGGUGGCUAGCAAAUAUUCUAACUCAAAAACUAUAAAUGAAAUAUAUUUAAUUUAAAAAAAUAUUUUAAACGGAAAAAAAACAGUUAAACAACAGUCAAGAAUAAGCAGACUGUUGCAGUAACAACUCAGCACUUUACAUUAAAAAUAAUAUGCAGUGGGGGUGCGGGGCCUGACAGCCAAGCUGGCCAGACGUGCUUGGAGAGAGCUCUGGCAAAGCUAAGCUGAAACGCAACGAAAACUCGCCAUAAACGUGGUUUUUACAGACCAAUAUAACAGAAGCUCAUUGCUGCAUCGAGUGGGAGCUUGUGGAUACCAAAAAAGUGCCUUUCUGUCGAGAUCCACCACACUUCACACCUAAGGCCUAGCAUGACAGGCGGCCUGGUGGCUAGGAGAAACCGCCGAUCUCCCGACGCGGGAUCCGACCAGAGCAGCAACCUUGCCAACACCCCGCAUCCCCCCCCUCUGGACCGGUGGGGGUCAUCCCGGUCCCAGUUGGAGAAACCCUCAGAUAUGCAGCAGGGGAGUACCCGGCCGGAACAAAGCAUGCAUGCCGUAACCAAGAUGGCCGCUGAGCCACAAUCCCAGGAGAGCCUGCAGGCCUGGAGAGAGGGCUUUGAGGCCAGGUUCAAUAGAGUCUGUGACGACUUUUGGAGGCGACUAGAGUGCAGACCCAAAGCAAGUCACCCACCCGCUACACUGCCACUUGAAGCAGAAACGGCAGUUCCCCGAAACGACAUAAGGCAGGGGCCAAGCAAAGAUAAGCGCCCACCCCGCCACCCGACUUACCAGCUGCCACUCCGAACACCCAGACGUAAAGCGGCACCACAUCGCAGCAAACCCACCUUACUGCACAGCCGACGCUUCGGUGUGCGACACCUCGGAGGGGCACGAAAAUUCACCUGCUCACGGCCAUACCGAGAAAGUCUCACUGGGCAGCACUGCUCACAAGCGCUGAGAAGCCUCAAAGGCCACGGCCCAGAUGAUCAUCUCCACUAUUUGCCGGUGGACAAAGUGAAAAAGCACACUGGACUAUGGGGCUGGAGGCGUCCAUGCACGCAGAGAGGUAGACUCAGGACCCCCAGAGCUGACAGCCCGCAUCACUACCCACCAACAUGCUCCUGGCUCUACCAAAACAUGGGAAUCGGAUGACUGGUGACUUACUGAACAAGUUUAUACUAACUUCAUUUUAUAUACCAUUCUUCCAUGCUCCUGGUCCCUUGGUUUUUUCUUUUUUUUUUAUUUCCUGUUUGUCUCUCCUUUUCCUAGCUAUCAUUGUGCAGGGAACUGCAGUGAGGUGGACAUUUAGAUCGAACAAUAGCCGGCAUUGAGUAGACCUAGCCUGUUCACACUGUGAUAAAGUGAAGGCAGAUAGGCCUUUUAACCCCAGGGGUAGUAUGUGUAGUUUGUGUGUUGCACAACACAACGCAUUGUUUAGUUAUGGGCCCCUGGGGUGGAGCAUUUGGAGAGAAGGGUGGGCCAAUGCUCCACUCCACAGUUUAGUGGUGUUCUGGGGAGACCUAGAUCCAGGCCAGGGUUUUUUGGACUGUCUCCAACCCACUGCUCAGCUGCAGGUAAUCAGCUGUUGCAGUGGGAAUAAACUCCUCCCGGCUAGGCAGGAAAAGGAGAGGGAUUGCUGGCUUCCUCCCAGGAAGCAGGUAGGAGAGAGAGGCUGUUCUCUCCAGAUAGUCAAGGUGACUAGGCACUUGGAGUGCAGAAAGGAAGCAGUCAGGGCAAGACUGGCUUGGAGCACUGGGAGUGCAGAAAGGAAAGCAGUCAGGGCAAGGCUGGCUUGGAGCACUGGGAGUGCAGAAAGCAAAGCAGUCAGGGCAAGGCUGGCUUGGAGCACUGGGAGUGCAGAAAGGAAUGCAACAGGCUAGGCAGCAGAGUGUUGCUAACUAAUAAGGUUGGUGCAAUAUUGUGUUUAGUUUAACCCUGAGAGAUGGGGAACUAAUGUCAGUUAGUGCUCAGACGAGCUAGGUGUUUGUUUAUAGGGUUUUCUGUUACUUUUGUUUUUCAUUUUCUGCUGUAUCCUGUGUGGAUUUGCAAAUAAAGUGCCUGAGUAUAUGCAAUUACAAGGACUGUGCAUGUUUUUGCCCUAGAGGACCGUGCUACCUGCAAACAAGGAUCACAACACCUUAUAUUGUAUACAAUGCUCAGUUCUCUGUGCCUAAAAUAUUUCAUGUAUAUCGGAAUUUUAACUAAAACAUAUAUAUAUAUAUAUAUAUAUAUAUAUAUAUAUAUAGUUCAUUGUCAACAUGCAUGCUUUAGCUAAUAUACAGGAUAACGCUACUGUGUGGUUUCAGGCAGAGGAGAGGGUGGCUUACUCGACUGUUCCCUUAAGGCUACCAUAAAGCCGCUCAGUGAAUGUAUCUUUAGACAUGCUGCCUGUUCUUUUAGAGUUACCCCCUCUGCUGCAGUCUGUAUAACAUAGCACUACUGUACCAAGCUCUAAUGGUCGCCGGCCUGGGCCAUCCCUAAGAGUUUAUCUCCAACCACUACAUACCAACUUGUUAAUGUGUCUAAGACCUUCUUAGCCGUAGCUCCGUAUGUCAUAACUUAACGAGAAUAGAAGGUCUUGCGAUAUAAACUACUGUCUUUUUUCACGUGUUCUCUUUAUAACAUAAAAAAUGUGCUCUUUUGAUCUGCCAUGAAAAUGUUUGUUAUUGAAAUGCUCGCUUCAGCUGUCGUGGCGAAGCAAAGUGUAUUGUUAUCUUUGUUACCUUCAGCACAAUAAAAAUAAAGAAUUUAAAAAAUAAAUAAAAUAAUAUGCAGUGACCCCACAUUGCAGGUUUAAGAGGGGUAAGGGUUACCUGUACUGAUGUCUGCCACAUUUGUUACUCUCAGCCAGACUUUUCUGAUCCCUUUUAGGUUUAGUAUGCCUUAGACGUACAAGGUACCCACCUUCAAAGUGUCAUUCUGUAUAACACUGGGCAAGGGUUGGUGGGUAUGCAGAGAGGGCCACCCACCACAAUCUCUCGAAGAAAAACAAAAGAAAAUAUUUAUAGCUCAAUAGUACACAGUACAAUUCAAUCUUCUCCAAGGUAGGCAGUUGCAGGUUAUCUUGUUAUCGCCUGAAGGAUAUAUCACCAUGGUUCCUCUGCAUUAAUAGAUACACAUUCAAACAGGCUGUUUUGAUGCAGCUUUAUAUUGCACUUGCACACAGAAUCUGAUAAUUGAAAUCUGUAACAUAAUAUUCCUGUAUUUCAGGUGAUAAAAAAUUACCGCUGGAUGACUGGACUGAAAGCGAUGUCGGUGACUGGCUUCAUUCAAUACGUAUAAAAAAGGAAUACAUUGAUAAACUUGUUGAAGAAGAAGUGUCUGGACCAGUGUUAAAAGAGAUCAAUGAAGAGUUUUUGAAAAAUAUUGGCAUGAAACAAGGUCCAAUCCAAUUACCGUAUAUACUCGAGUAUAAGCAGACCCGAAUAUAAGCCGAGGCCCCUAAUUUUACCCCAAAAAACUGGGAAAACUUAUUGACUCGAGUAUAAGACUAGGGUGGGAAAUGCAGCUACUGGUACAUUUCUAAAUAAAAUUAGAUCCUAAAAAAAUUAUAUUAAUUGAAUAUUAAUUUACAGUGUGUAUAUAAUGAAUGCAGUGUGUGUAUGAGUGCAGUGUGUGUGUAUGAAUGCAGUGUGUGUAUGAGUGCAGUGUGUGUAUAUGAGUGCAGUGUGUGUGUAUGAGUGCAGUGUGUGUGUAUGAGUGCAGUGUGUGUGUAUGAGUGCAGUGUGUGUGUGUAUGAGUGCAGUGUGUAUGAGUGCAGUGUGUUUGUGUGUGUUGCAGAGCCUUGGUGGGGGGUGGGCAUUUUUAUUAUUAUUAUUUUUUACUUAUUUUAAUAAUUUUUUUGUUUUAUUAAUAUUUUGUUAUUAUUAUUUUUUAUUUUAUUAUUAUUUUUAAUAUUUUAUUAUUAUAUUUAUUUAUUUUUGUCCCCCCUCCCUGCUUGAUACAUGGCAGGGAGGGGGGCUCUCCUUCCCUGGUGGUCCAGUGGCAUUGGCAGUUCAGUGGGGGGAGGAGGGGAGCUGGCAGAGCUGUUACUUACCUCUCCUGCAGCUCCUGUCAGCUCUCUCCUCCUCCGCGCCGGUCCGGGAAGCACCUCGGUCAGCUCCCAGUGUAAGUCUCGCGAGAGCCGCGGGGUCAUAGUGCGGCUCUCGCGAGACUUACAGUGUGAGCUGAGAGAAGAGCUGCACGGACCGGCGCGGAGGAGGAGAGAGCUGGCAGGAGCGGUAAGUAACAGCUCUGCCAGCCCCCAGUCUGUAUUAUGGCAAUGUAAAUUGCCAUAAUACAGACUGACUCGAGUAUAAGCCGAGUUGGGGUUUUUCAGCACAAAAAAUGUGCCGAAAAACUCGGCUUAUACUCGAGUAUAUACGGUAUUACUAAAAAAGAGAGAUGAGCUUCUCUCCGGACACACACCCACAAAAUCUGAACAUGGAGCUUCAACUAAUUCUACAACCCAAAAUAAUAUUGGAAAAGAGUCUGUUUUACAGUCAGGAAGAGAUUCUAAGAAUAAGCAAGAAACUGUCUCAGCUCACCCCGUAGGCUCAAACACAACUGACCAGAAACAAGAGCCAGAUUCUGAACCAGGCUCUACCUGUGCAAAGACUGUGAAACCGUUAUCCCUAAAAACUGAGGCAGAUAUAGAUAGGAAUGCAGUAAGUAACCUACCAAUGGACAGAAAAAUUAACCAAUCACCAGCAACUAUUUUCCGACCAUUUAGUAAAGAAGUUGGGAAUUUCCGGUAUGUGAAAAACCAGGUUCUUGAACCAGAAACUGGAAUCAAGGACUUGAUUAUCCCUUGCCAUGAAUACAAAUCACUUGUUACUGCAGCAAAUCUAGAUCGAGUAAGACUUCAGGCAAAAUUUGCUUGUGAGGUAAUAAGAUUCGGCUGUGCAUGUAUGAACACACGUACAAAUGGCACAAUACAUUUUGGUGUAAUGGACAGUGUUGAGGGAAAAGGUUACCAACAUGGAGAGAUUGUUGGCAUUCCAGUGAGUGACCAAGACUGGUAUGUGGAUGCUCUAGAUUAUAUUGAAAAAUGUUUCACCAAAGAGAGCCAUGAGGCUGCAAGGUCUUGUAUUCGCCCUCCUAAAUUUAUUGAAGUGAUUCAGAAGGAGUCAAUGGAACAACGAUUUGUAGUUGAGGUUGAUAUUGUGCCUCAGCUAAUAUCUGUAAAAGGAAAAGUAUUUCAAGUGAGCUUGCCAAAAUUUAAUGAAAAAAGCAAUAAAGUUAGCCAGGAUAAGAGAGCUAUGUAUAGAAGGGUGGGAGCUAAAUCUGAGAUCGUUCCAGAGGAAGAUAGUGUCUCAUUUAUUCAGGGGCUUCAACAUGUAGAUUUAAAAAGGGAACAGGCCGAAUGUAAAUCUGACAGUCAAAUCUCAGCCCCAGAAAACCUGAGAAGAAAAUUAGUUUUACUAACCGGUGGCAAGGAAUAUAUGGAUGACACACUCUGGUAUAUUCUCGUGGCAAACAAAUGUGAACAACACCACUUGAAGGAUCUAAAUUUCUUAAUGAGAGUAAAUGUAUUUUGUGUCUUUGACUUUGAUCCAGAUUCUGAUGAGACAGGACUAUGCUCAAAAUAUAAGGAACAUCAUGCCCGAAACAUUCAUUCAUUAAUCAGCUAUUCUAAUGAGAAUGGGCUGAGUAGAAGUGAACUUCAAAAGUCUCUCUGUCUGUUUGAUCAAACAAGCUGGAUAUUUUGUAAUGGACGCAACAAUUAUCGUGGUGGUGAUGAACCAUGUGAUGAAGAUACUUGGAUCAAAACUAAAAAGAAAUAUCUUAAAAAAGCGGUGUCAUUAAUUUGCAAUGAUAUAUUUCCUAAAGGAUCCUUCAUUGUAAUUUUUUUCUUAAUGUCACCAGUGGAAAAACCAAUAGUUGAUGCUUUUCAUGAAUUUUAUUCAGAAAUGAAUGGUAUUGAAGACAUAAUUUGCAUUGCAGAAAUCAAGGAAUAUUACAAUAGUUGGGCCAGUCUGGCACAAGCUUCAUGUAAGAUGCAGAUUCUGGAGCAAAGAAGCAUAGUUGGUAUUCCAUUGAGGCAUAUUGAUGCCACAGUUCAGAAUAUGUUCCCAGUGGCAAAUUCCAAUAGGAAUCUUCCUGUAUCUUCCAAAGGUGUUUGUGUCCUUGAAACACCUGCAGAAGAAAGAAUGAAUUCACUUGAGAUACUGUGUGUAAAUGAAUGCAAUGACAAAAAUCUUGACCAUUUGACUAAAGAAGAAGUGAAAGAACUUGAAGGUACAUAUUAUCGUGGUGGUAAAAUUAGUUGGAAACAUUUUUGGCUGGCUGAGCAAAAAAAAUGUGGCGAGUUUAUUGAACGGGAUGCAUUUAACAAAGUCCAAGAAAUGUUAAAGGGCAUAUUAUAUGAGAAUAAAGUUCAACUUCCUGUUGCUAGAAUAAAGAUUUAUCAUCAUCCAGGAAGUGGCGGAAGCACCAUAGCCCGGCAAGUUCUUUGGAAAAAUAGGAGGGAAUUAAGGUGCGCCAUUGUCAAGUCAUCCUGUCUCUUUUCAGAAGUCAGUCAACAUGCUGUGAAAUUUAGAGAAUAUGAUGAGGUCAAUCCUAAUCUGUGCUUGCCUGUUCUUCUCCUUAUCGAAGAUUGUGAAGAAGAUUACCUUGAUGAUUUAAGGCAUGACUUAUCAGAAGCUAUGGUGUGUAAAAAAAUUACUUCCUCAAAGCCAUGUUUCAUCCUCAUGAGCUGUAAGAGAUCCAAUGCCCCUGAAGACCUCUGUAAAGCAUCCCCACAAGAUACUGUUGCAGUGACUCACAAACUCAGUGAAAAAGAAAAAUUAGAAUUUUCUGAAAAAGCAAAAGAACUUGAAAAGGCAUUUCCAAACUCUGAGUUUAUACUUACUUUUGUCUUAAUGAGUCAUGAAUUUAAUGGCCACUAUGUAACCCAAUUUGUUCAGAAUGUUCUGAAGGGAAUUGAUCAUGCAUCUAAUGUGACUCGUUUAAUGAGAUAUGUUGCACUAUUAAAUUGCUACGUACAGAACUCCUAUAUUUCUGUAUCACAUUGUGAGGCAUUCCUAGGUCUUGGAGUAUACACAAAAGACCAGCAUAACGUGUUAAGGCAAUAUAACUUUAAAAGCUGCUUAAGUGAACAGGCAAGACUUUUAUUUAUUGAGUUGAGAGAAACAACAACAUGGCUUAACUCUAUUCAAAUUAUACAUCCUUUAGUUGCCAAAGAAGUUCUAAACCAGCUUUCAGGAAGACGUCCCCAAAGUGAUAUUGCUAAAGAUCUUCUGGAGGAAAAGGUUCUCCUCCAACACAGAUUUGGCCGAGAUGAAUUCAUAAAAUUCAUUCGAGACUUGUUUCUACGACGUCAUAGAAAAAUCAGGGGUGAUAAUGUAGAUAGCUUCUUUUCCCCUCUUAUUGAACAUGUUUGUGAAGUUGAAAAAGACACAGAGAAGGCAAUCAAGCUGCUGGAAGCUGCUUAUGAGCGAUUUGACAAAGAUCCCUUUUUUGCUCAACAACUUGCUAGGCUGAAUUACAAACAUGAAAAAUUUGAAGAAGCGAAGGGAUGGGCAGAAAUUGCAAAGUCACAUUUGCCUGGUGAUUCCUAUAUUUUGGAUACAGAAGGACAGGUGUACAAAAAAUGGUUUAGUGUGUAAUUGGACAAAAAGAAAACUGACUCAACACCAGAGGAAGAUAUUGAAUUAAUUGAGCUUGGGCUUAAAUCCAUGGAAUGCUUUAGGGCAGCAGAAAAAGCUGCACAAUCUGAACUAGACCGUAUGAAUAAUUCUGGAUAUUUUGGAGAAGUAGAAGUUGGAUGUCGAUUACUGAAGAAGCUCUCAACCUAUGCUGUGUUUUCCAAAGACAAAAUCAAGGACAGUACAGAACUUUUAAAGUAUCUUUUAACAGACUAUAUACCUGAAGAAAUAAAGAAGCCUUGGUUUAAGCUUCAUGGACGUUUAAAAGGAUUGUACCAAAAUAUAUAUAAUGCUCUGGAGUGGAUUGCAGAUGAUAUUGGCUACUUUCAGUCAGAAAAAGUUGACAAUGGAGAACAAUCCAACACAGUAGAAGAGCAUGUGUACAGUCCUCGAAAAUGGUUACUAAAAAAAACAGAGGUAUUUGCAAGAUUUUUUAGUUAUGAACUCUUGGCCUCAUACCCUGAUGUUGGGCCAGAAAGCCAAAUGGUUAAAAAAAUGAACAUUUACAAACUUGGUGGGGGGAGCACAGCAAAUAUCCUCUCCCUGCUCUCUGACUCAAAAGACGACAGAGCAGGCAUAAAACUUGAAAGUAUACUGGAUUUGUAUCCAGAAGAUGUUUCAAAAGCUGGUCUGGAUGAUGGAAGUCUUAAAAACUAUAUAAUGUCACAUAUCGCAUUAGGAUGUGCAAAACCUGGUUCUUCAAAACUCCUAUCUUUUCAAAACCUACGUGAACUAAGCAAAAGGUUUCUUAACACAAGAAAAUCUUUUUCCCCUUGUGCCUACCUGUUGAUCUUUUUGCUUUUUUGGCCUGAUGAAAAGGUUGACAAGAAAGCAGAUGCAGACAUGGAUAAUAUAUUGAACUUGGCACUUCAAACAGCAAGAAGAUUGCAUGACAUAAAAAUAAAAAAUAUUCCAGUUAGGAAAAAAAGAAUAAACGUGCUCUUCUUUUUAGGACAGGGCCAUGGACUUCGGAAGAUAAUGCAGAGAAGUAAAAUAGAAAAACAGAUCGAAGGUCCACUUAAUGAACGGAGGAUGAAAUGGAUCAACGGGGAUGUAUGGAAACUUGACAGUGUACACCAGCUUUUAAAACCUGUGCCAGGAUGGACAGAAAAUGGAAAGGUUUACGCACGUGGUCACUGUGAAAAACAGAAAAUAGAAAUCCUGCCACUGAACAUUUCAUCAGUGCCUCACGGAAAUGAAAACGUGACAUUCUAUUUAGGGUUUACAUAUAUUGGUUUUGUUGCAUAUAACAUACAGGUGCAGGAAAAAAAAAUAAUACAUUUAAUCCAAUGUUAUGUACAAAAAGGUCCAGAAGGGUGGAGGUGAUCUUUUUGGAAAAUAGUGGAGUUGCCACUAUAAUUAGUGACUUAUACAGAGAUUUCAUUAAAAAGUAUGCAAAGGGAGGCAGGGCCUGACUGUAAUGGCGACUGGACGUGUUUUCUAGGAGCUCCUCCAGUCCCAAACGAGUUGGUCCAGUUACCAGCAGGGACAGGGAGAGGUGGCCGACCUCCCGACCUGACGUGCAUUGACCCGAGCUUAUUAGUAUUAGUAUUAUUAGUAUUUAAUGUCCAAUACAGUUACAUAAAUCCGAUCGACGUUUCAACCUCUUCAGGUCUUCCUCAAGAUCGAUCUUGAGGAAGACCUGAAGAGGUCGAAACGUCGAUCGGAUUUAUGUAACUGUAUUGGACAUUAAAUACUAAUAAUUGUUUCUAAAGACCACAGAGUGCAUCUCUUUUUCAUUCACUAUAUAUAUAUAUAUAUAUAUAUAUAUAUACACACACACACAUACACCCUGUUUUAAAUUAUUAUGCAAAUUCUAUUUAAAUGUCACAAAGGUUAAAUAUUUUGUUUUUCAGUUUAACUCAUGGAUGGCAUUGUGUCUCAGGGCUCUUUUGAUCACUGAAAACAAUCUCGGACACCUGUGAUAAUUAGAUUGCCAGGUGAGCCCAAUUUAAGGAAAAACUACUAAAGGAGGGUGUUCCACAUUAUUAAGCAGAGCACCAUUUUCAUGCAAUAUGGGGAAGAAAAAGGAUCGCUCUGCUGCCGAAAAGAUUGAAAUAGUUCAAUGCCUUGGACAAGGUAUGAAAACAUUAGAUAUUUCACGAAAACUUAAGCGUGAUCAUCACACUAUUAAGAGAUUUGUGGCUGAUUCAGAGCACAGAUGGGUUUGUGCAGAUAAAGGCACAUUGAGGAAGAUUUCUGCCAGAUCCAUGAUAUUUGAAGCUGCUGGUGCCUCUGGAGUCCCACAGACAUCAAGGUGUAGAGUCCUCCAGAGUCUUGCAACUGUGCAUAAACCUUCUAUUCAGCCACCACUAACCAAUGCUCACAAGCAGAAACGGCUGCAUUGGGCAGAAAAAUACAUGAAGACUAAUUUUCAAACAGUCCUGUUCACUGAUGAGUGCCGUGCAACCCUGGAUGGUCCAGAUGGAUGGAGUAGUGGAUGGUUGGUGGACGGCCACCCUGUUCCAACAAGGCUGCGACAUCAGCAAGGUGGUGGUGGAGUCAUGUUUUGGGCCGGAAUCAUGGGAAGAGAGCUGGCCGGCCCUUUUAGGGUCCCCGAAGGUGUAAAGAUGACCUCUGAGAGAAGAGAAAGUAUGUGGUGUUUCUGAGUGACCACUUUCUUCCCUGGUACAGAAAGAAGAACUAUGCUUUCUGUAAUAAAAUCAUCUUCAUGCAUGACAAUGCACCAUCUCAUGCUGCAAAGAAUACCUCUGCAUCAAUGGCUGCUAUGGAGAUAAAAGGAGAGAAAGUCAUGGUGUGGCCUCCAUCCUCCCCUGACCUCAAUCCUGUUGAGAACCUUUGGAGCAUCCUCAAGCAAAAGAUCUAUGAGGGUGGGAGGCAGUUUACAUCCAAACAGCAGCUCUGGGAGGCUAUUCUGACAUCUUGCAAACAAAUUCAAGCAGAAACUGUCCAAAAACUCACAAGUUCAAUGGAUACAAGACUUGUGAAGCUGCUAUCAAAUAAGGGGUCCUAUGUUAAAAUGUAACGUGACCUGUUAAAAUGUUUAAAAAGUUAAAAUGGGGGGGCGGGGCCGGACCGCCGACGGGAUCAGACAUGUUCUGUCUGAGCUCCCGCUCCAGGGACCGAAAGUCGGAGCAAAUUGGAGGUUGGCUGCGACCGGCAAACCAUACCGAAGUCCACCUAACCCCCCAGUUACUGGGGAGAACAUAAGACCCUGUCCGGCACCGACAGUAACCCGGCUGGGCCCGGAGAUAGUUGGGGCUUGAGCCGGGAUGGGACGGCCGCCCUCCCGGGUCUCCUAGCCGGCGGCUCGCGGCUCCCCCUCCCCCCUCUGGACCGGGGGGGUCAUCCCGGUCUGCGGAGGCACUAACCAGCACACCAACCGGGGCCUAAAAGACCUCCCUGGCGAGGAACAUCAAAAGGGCGACAGUCCACAAGAUGGCCGCUGGCCAUGUGCGCGAGCUGCCAGGGUGAUGGAGAUGACGCUCGCUUAUGGCGAAGAAACCAACAAAGCUAAAAAGAAAAUCGUUUAUUGUUACUUCACCAGCUUACCAGAGGGGACGGUCCGUCACCGUAAAGCCAGGAGACCCCUAACCUGCACCGUAAAUCCGGCGGGAGACACCAGCUACAAGAGCCAGGGGCCUCAUGCAGCCGCAGAGCGCAAUCCAGCGGGGUGAAGGACCCACAGCAAAGUAGGAGAGGCAUCCAGCGAAAGCCACGAAAGGUGACAUAUGAGAGGGGGCCUAGCACUGGGACAAUCAAAGCUCUGUAGACACCGGGGGAAACCCCCCACGUUUUAUAGCUACUGCUGCAUUUGAUAGACUGCCACCAAACCUCACAUGGAGAGACCCGGUAAAGACUGUAACUGGCAUGGCUUCCUCUGGGCUUCCAUAUCCACGGCAAUCACACCGGACUACCCUAUGCUGCAUAAACCAACCUAAGAAAUCCAGACCAGCCAGGGUGAAAUACUUCUGUGGUACCACUACUUGCAGAAUACCAUAUGUUAACAAAGUGCUUAAAACUCAUUUAACUCAUUUGUGUACCUGGAUAGACAUGUGAUAUUCCUUCUAAGUACUGUCGCAAAUAAAAGUUUUUUGUUUGUUUUUUUUUAACGUUAAUUUCUCUUGACAUCACCGCUGCUGAGCACUGCUAGACCCACAUAAAUGGACACUAUCACAGUACUAACGCUGUAUGACUCAGUCCAGCUCCUGCCGGAGACUCUCAUAUCUGCUGAAAUCCCCAGCACACAAUAUGAGUCCUAUGGUGGCAACUAG